GAAUUUCCCUUUGGGAAUGAAUUAAGUUUUUCUUAUUUUUAUUCUUAUUCUUAAAAGUGACUAUAAGCAUUCAUAACAACUUAUUUUGAGAAAACAGCAUCUUUUAAUGUGAGGAAGGAAAAAUUUAUAAGAAUGACAAUGUAGUCUUGGCAAUUAUUUAUGUAUGACACUUGUGACCACAAAAUCCUGCUCAUAAGUUCUUAUAAAUGCGUUAUAAGAACAUGAAAUAGUUAAUCUCAUACACUGCUGUUUCUUUACCUGAAACCUCCACGGUCAUGCUUUAACACUUUUGGGAAUUUGGGAAAUUUAACACAAAUUUGGGAAUUGAAAUGAAAUAACUAAGAACUUUAAAAAGAAAGACUUAUUCAUUAAAAUCAAUGCAUGAAAGGGUUUCAAUGAGUACAGGCUCAGAUCUGGAUCUCUGCUUGUAGUGUUCAGUUUGUCCUCUAAGGGGAGCCCGCGUCACAAACAUGGACUUUGCGCCUUUUUCGGACAUCACAGCGGCUUUAUUGUUCUCAUAACGACUCUUAUAUCUAAAAUUAACUUGACAAGUUGUAACCAGCAACCUAUACGCACACCACUAAACUUUGAAUAAAGGUGUAUGUGUUUGAAGAAUUCACGGUUACGUUAGCCGGUGUGAAGAGGAGGAGGAGGAUGAAGGGCGGACUGAAGCUCCGCCCGUUAGCCGAGCGUCCCGUCGGUCCUCAUUCAAAACACAACACAGCUGAGAGGAGCACCGCCUGUCUGUUAGCUGCAAACUGUUAGCCUGUAACAGCUGCGUGUGUGUGUGUCUGUGUGUGUGCUGCGUCCUCUAAUGUUCCCGCACACACACCAUCCGAGGAAGAAAGAAGAAAAAGCUCUGAGGUGAGUUUCACUCCAUCAUGACACCAACUUCACUCUCUCACACACAAUCCCUCCCAACUAGCGGCUAACAGCGAGCUAACAGACGUUAAGCUGGGGUGUGUUUGGUUUUGAACUCGGGAUGCUCCGUUAUCAGUCAAAUCUGCAUCAAGCUGUGGGGGUGGAGAUGGUGGAGGAUGUCUGUGGACCCGGAGUUCUGGUUCAGGUUCUGGACUGAGUGAUUAUGGAGGGUAUAGAGGUCUGACUUUGCUUUAACUCCAAUUCACCCCCCUUUUUCUCCUCCCCUCCCCGCCCGCCCACGUGAAGCACCGACAGCAGCUCCCUGAUAUAAAGCUGAUAAAAAUAAAUCAUGCGCUCCCACACAGAGCUAAGCUAACGGUGCUAGCACGGAUCAUCACACUAACCCAGUUAGACUCUGUUAGCUCUGUGUUUUUAUGUGUGCUUUCACGUGUGAUGUUGAGCAGAUCUGGUCUGGGACUUUGUGUGGAUCAGGUCCCUGCUGGCUCUGUUACAGUGCUUGCAGACUCUCUGCCCCAGGGUGCGCUCAGCAGGGGCGUGUUCUCACUUUUUGACUGGGGUGGCCCAACAGAGGCAGCAGUGAUGUUUACUUGAAGCUAACUCAUCAGAAUAACCGCUUGAGCAGAUUAAAAUGGCUUCAUGUAAGCAAUCUUAUAAAGAGACUGGUUGAAAGACACUCCUUUUGCUUUGACAUCACGUUUAGACUGUUAUAAUGGGAGGAGGCGCUGCUGAACCAGUCCCACAGGUAACACACCGCUCACCCACUCUCUGCCCAGCAUGACAGCCAAUCCACAGGACAUGCAUGGGUGUCACUUAGGGAUGUGCCGAUAUACGAUUCAAUCGCGACAUGCGAUAUUAAAUGGCAGCGAUGAUGAAGUUUUGGGGUAUUAUUAUUAUCGUUCCACAAUUAUGAUUUAAAGACGAGUGGCAGCGUCUCUCAGCAGAGGCGAGCGAAGCCUAGUACUUACCAACCUAACCCGCUUGUAGUCUUACCCAUGGUGUCAAAGCCUGUGUAGCAAAAUGUACAAACAAACCACCACAAAAGUAGUCCCAAAUCCAAAAAACUCGAAUUAAGUACAUUAAUGCUAGCCUAACAAAAAUGGCAACAUUAAAAGAGAAAAUGAAGAAAUUUUACAACAAAAUGCAUGGCCAUUCCCGCCAAAUGCACACAAUGCUACUACGCAAGCGGUGGAACGGUACAACGCUAUUUCAGGAAAUCGAGAGAAAACGCGGAAUUACCGGGAGCUUUUUGGCUUCAAAUCCGUAUACCGGCGGAAGGUGGAACCAAGUUGUCCAUAGUCUUUGGUCAGAGCUGCUUAGGUUGUUGUGGUCUUUUAGUAAGUCCUGCAGGGUGUUGCUGUGCUCCAGGGGACAGAGAAAGCUAUCAUGUCUCGUGAAUCUCUAUACAUCAUGUUCUGAUACACCAUGAAUGGAGUAACAGGUAAGGAUAAACCUCACUGACGAUGUGUCUGUCGAAUAGAGACCCAAUUAGACUAGCUGGUGACCCAAGUCUGGCAAAGGCGUAACUGUAGCAGCAGCCACAUUGUCUUCUUGCUCUAUCUGUACAAUCAAAACACACAUGGAGGAUGUAAAUAUUAAUACAAAGACUCAAGUUAUCAAAGGUGUCAUCUGUAAUAGUCUGUCAUACAUUGCCCAUGCUCUGAUGACGGUUUAAUCACACUGAUAGCUGAAUGUUUAAGAAUAAAACUGUUAAGUGUGUGUGUGUGGAGGACACACACAGGAAUCACAUGAUCACAUGUUUAUUGGCGAGGAAAAGAUGACUUCAUGUUUAAAACCUUCGCUGUGAGCUGUUUAUCAGUCAUGGACAUACUUUAUGUUUUCUCAUAAGCAUAACAAACUUUUAGAGACUUAAAUCAGAGUGUGUACGGACGUGACAUGCAUAAGUGUGUGUGGAGAUGUGUGUAUGUGUUGUGUCGACCUUUCUGAGUAUGUGACAGUGUAACAUGUGACAGUCUGUCCUCUCCAUCACAGGCUGCAGAGUUUAAACCCUCACAGCGUCUACAUCGCUUAUCUUAUCUGUCAGUAUGUGUGUGUGUUUUGUGUGUACGUGUGUGCGUGUGUGUGUGCAAAGAGGUAUGCGUGUGUGCUGUGAUCAUACACUGUAAUGGUCAGCACUGUAAGUUGUAAGGCAGUGUUCACUUAGAGUUGAAGUUCACCUCCAGGCAUUUUUCUUGAAUAUGAAUGUGUUGUGUGUGUGUGUGUGUCUGUGAUGACCUGUGAGGAAUGCUCCAUAUCUCUGUUCAGUGAGUUUCUGUGUAACACUUCACACCUGACCCUCAAAUCCCAACUCAGACUCACGUCUGUGUGUAGAUUUUUGAGUGUGUGUGUGUUGUGUAGUCUUGAGUGGUAUGUGUGUUGAUGUGAUAAACAGGAUCAGACUGUAUUGGUUCAGAUAGUGCUGAUUAGAGCAGCUGUGUGUGUGUUUGUGUACUCAGAUGGAGUUUUACAGGUAAGCCCUGAUGACUCUGGGGUAGUUUGACAUCAGUGAGAGUUGCUCCUGAAGACGGUCAGUGUGUAUGUAAGUGUAUGCGAGUGUGUGUACAGGUUAACCAGGUAAUCUGAACUCUGUGGAUUAGGACUUAAUCCAAUAGAAACUGGUUGAUUCAGUAUUGUGUUGAGCCUCAGAUUUGCAGCAUCCAUCUGUACAUCAGUUUACACAAUGCACUCAUUGAUCUACGAGUGUGGAUCCUCUUUGGGUAAAACAUGCAAAAUUAAGGGUUUAACAAAACCGCUCUUGUCCCUGAUUCUGACCAGUCAUUCAAAAAAAAAAAAAAGAGUUUCUGCUCAAGGUGCACAGAUAGUGAAAUUGGCUACCAAUGCCACUGUUUUUAAAUUUUUUCUUUGUAUUUUUUUGUUUGUUUCUUAAAUGAGCUGAGAUUUUAUGCAAAUAAUUAAAAAGUUGCUGGCCCCUCUGUUGAAGGUACCCACAGAGACCUCACUGCAAACAUUUUCCUUCAUGUAUGAUCAUGAAAUUCAAUCAGUUUGUCCAGCAGGAGAAUUCCUUUAGAUAUAAGAAUAAGAUGCAACAGGAUAUAGGUAUCGUCUACUAACAUAACAGUGCAUGACACAUAAUUAGAGGUCAACCAAUAAUUGCUGUCAGAUCUGAUACCGGCACAAUUAUUCAGAGACAGUGAGACUGAUGAUUAAUAUGCAUUUACUGAAAAAAACUGAAAAAGCUUACUGUCAAAAUUGAAAAAUUGGAAUAUUACAGAUUUCUCUGGUCCUUCUCCAUUCCCAUCUUGUGUUUGUUUGUGCUGCCUUGUCAGUUUUCAGAGUGUAGCAUGGGGUAGACCUGCUGAACAGCUGGAGUUGCAAGACAGAGGAUUUCCCAAAUAAUGUACAGAAUCACUGUUUAUCUACAUCAAUAAUAACCCCCCCAAACCUUUGACUCCAGAUUCCAGACCUGGCUCUUCUCACUUUGGUGUUUUUUUGUUUUUUUUUUGAUAAAGUUAAGUGAAAUAGGAUCUGGUGUCAACGUGGAGUGUUUAUUUAAGUAAUCUCGAUGAAAAUCUCAAUCAACGAUAGGUGAUAUAACUGCUGCUGAGGUUGACGAUGUUUGAGACGAUUUAGCAUGCACAUGGGUGGGGGGGGGCUUGUAUGGAAUCAGAGGGAGAUGAUCAUUGGGAGGAUAAAUCCUCACAGGUGCAGGUUGAUACACUUUUUAUCAGUCUACCUGCAUGCAGAAAUCUCCCCCUGAAUCAUCUGAUCAGCAGGUAGAUCUCUAAAAGUCCUGCCCACCUCUAUGACCCCUCCCACCUCCACCUGCUCUCAGCUGAUCCUUCUGACACCACAGAACCUGCUCCAUCUGCUCAGAUAUAGAUUGUGUGUGUGUAAGUGUGUGUGUGUGAGGUAUAACUUCUGUCAGAAUCAGAUUUGUGUGUUUACAUAGAGGAGGUUCUGCGUCAUCAAGUGUGUGCGUGUGCAUGUGCAUACUCUAUUAGACAUCUUGUUUAUGUGUGUGUGUGACUCAUAAUCUGCAGCAUUAAAAUGACCAUCAAGCCUUUUCUCGGUCGGAUCUCCACUCUGUGAUGCUCGGUAUUGCCAUGGUAACUGUGGUGUGUGUGUGUUUGCGUGUCUGUGUGUGAGUUACAUCCAUUCAGCACAGAUGGAUCUGCAGAGUCACAUGUCAUCUCAGUGUGUCGGUGUGUGUCUGCCUCUGUGUCAUGUUGUUUCACAGUGUGUGUGUCAGUGAUGGAGGAUAAGUAAAAGGCUAAUAUAGUGUUUUUUAAAUAUGAUAUCAUUAAUUGAUUAUCAAUUGCCAGUCAUUGAUUGAUCGAUCUAUCUAGCAUAACUUAUGAUCAAUGUGUGUGAUGGACUGCUGUUGUUAGUGUGUGUUGCUGUGUUUGAUAGCGAUAUUAUUAGAUGAUGAUGUGUGUGUGUGUGAUAUGUGAGUGUGUGUAAAAUGCUGCAGGCUGCUGGGUGAAGUGAGUGUUUUAGAUGUGAUCUUGGCAGCCGGCUGAUCAGCUGACUCUGAGUGUGUGUGUCAUUGUGUAUAUUGAGCAAUGUGAAGCUUCUGUAACACACAGUUGAUCACAUUUUGAGGAAGUGUGUUUGUGUGCACAGAGGCUCUUCUGGUUGUGUGUGUGUGUGUGUGUGUAUUAUAGGUUGCAUUCUUCCUGCUGUGUUGUAAUCUCUUCGGUAGUACAAGUAGAGCGACACGCACUUGCACUACACAGCGUUAACACGCAUGUGACUGACGGCUGACUGUUUCUCAGGAGACUUGUAGUGAGAUGGGAGGGGCUCACACACACACACACACACACACACACACACACACACACACACACACACACACACACACACACACACACACACACACACACACACACACACAGUGCUGAUUAGACACACAGCAGAGUUUUCUAUGAGUGUUGAUGGUGCUCGUUAAACAGGAGGAGACAGUGAGCAAUCAAAGAGCUCAAAUCCUUCCAUUUUUAUGACCCUGUUAAAAAAACUUCAAUACAAGUCAAACCUGCCUGUUGUUCUUUUCGUUCAGAGCCGUUCAGUUGCUCUGACUGCUGACCCCUGGUCAGUCUGAUGCUUUUUGUCCUGCUUUUUUUUUGGCAGCUUACAGCGUUUGGCUUUUGUUCUUUUUGUGUGUGCUGUCCUGUUGUUGCAGUAUAACUCUUAAAGCUUUGUUCAUGGGGCUCCUUUUACAGAAAAUAAGGAAGGGCUGAUCUCUGAAUAUGUGCGAACCCGCCAUCGAUCAUGUUCCUGAGAUGUCUUGCACUCUGUGAACUCCUCCUGUUAUGGUUAAAGAUGGAGCUGUGUACUCAGGAAGAGCUCAGGCUGCGCAGGAUUAGAAAAAAAAGAUGAGAUACUACAUCCAUCUGCAAUUUUCUGCAAUAAGAAAAAGUCCAGAUAUCAAACUAUAUGAAUGCACCAUGUGUCUUUUUCAUUGAGUUUGACUGAAGACAUACUGUACUAACUAUGUGCUAUCCAUGAGCUUUAAUCAGCCCUUUGAUAGCAGCUCUGAACCACCAGAGAACAGAAGAGCAACCCUUUUUUUCAAAGCUUUUCAAAUACUGUUAGUUUUGUAUCAGGGUUGUGUUACUUACAUCAUCAGUAUCUUUGAGACAAUGCUUCCUUUUUUAGGCCAUCAGUGUCUCACACAGUACUGCACGCCGUAGUACAUGUGCUGCUGCUGAUGUAGCUUAGAAAAGUAAACACUUGAUGGUACAUCUGUAGUGUCAACAGUUUGCACAGCUUUGUUGUUUUGCAUGAUGUACUAAAACGUAGUUGUACUUUCAGGUGUCUCUAUGAUCUGACUUCAUAUGAACAUGUUGCAUUUUGCAUUUGCAACACACAGACCUUCAUACUGAUAACCACAGAGAACAGCGGUACCAUAACUGAGAAUGUGAAUUGAAAAGAUUUCAAUUGAAAAUUCCUGUGGAUUUCCUGUGUGAUUAUGAGAAGGCCUUUAUGAGUUUUCUGUGUCAACAUCCCUGUUGUUUUGGAUGGUUUUAUUAUCUAUACUGCUCAGAAGAGAUGAGGAAGCUAGUUGGGGCCUGCAAAUGUUUGCCAAUGGUAGAUACGGCGUCUGAUUGGUCAAUAGACUAUAAGUAAGAUGGCAGCCUUCCUUUGGCAUUGUCGGCUAACAACAGAAAUCCAACUAUUUCACUAAAAAUGUAACAAAACAUCAUAGGAGUUAGGAGUUUUAAAUGGGACAAUAUGUAUUAAUAAACAUUUACAUGUUAUAAUGGGAUUAUAGCUGCCGGUCUAACAAAGUGAGUGGAUUUUACAGGAAGUUUGUACAUUGUACAGUUCUAUUUUGAAAGCUAAUACUGUAAAAUAAACAAUAUUUUGUUGUAUAAGACAGUGUUUUUAAAUACUCUUGACUUCUGUUUGCUAUGAUUACUUCUUUGGUUGUUGUUCAUGCUGACUGCCUUUUGUUGUUUUGCAAGGCACAUGUGACCAUUUGGAGGGGUCAAUGAGGGAACUGUUAAGCACAAAGGCAGAUGGUCCUGAAAGCUCUGGUACAGUGAUGGAUCCAAGACAAUGGCUAGGUGAUCUCUCAGAAUAAGAAGUGUCUGAAACUGUCUGAAUGUCCUGCUGGUGCCUUGAAUAGACUUCAACACAGGUGUAAUGUGGGUACAGGUGUGUUGUAAAGGUAAAACAGAAGACUUGUAAGGUUGAAAGAUAAAGUCGGGUGUUUUUCAGCUGAGAAUCUGACUGAGAGGACCAAACUCAGAGUCAGACACAGAGCUGGGAAGAAACAGGUUUUUGUUCUGUUGCUAAAGAUGGCAAGUUGUGUGUAUGUUAGGUUGUGUGUGUGUGUGUGUCUGCUGAAAGUGUCAGAGGUGAUGUCAGGGGUCAGAGGUGAGUUCAGGGACAGCUCUGCAGAAUUUGAACUCUGAGGUUCCAGCUGACACUUGAAGGCAUUUCUGUGUUGUCAUGGAAGGAUUUUCACUCUGCAUACCUGAAAUACUCCCACAGGGAACUUCGGGUCACAUGACCAGAGAGGAGUGUGGUCAGAUACUUUUCUAAAAACAAAAUGCUUGAGCAGAAGUUCUUUUUCAGUUUUGCAUUGUUUGCAGCAACUUGAAAAGGGACUGUGUUCAAUCAAAAGACCCCCCCCCCCCAUAUGAGUCUUAAACAUUAACAGUCUUUUCUUGGUUCCUUACAUCCCCUGUUUCAUCUGCUUGUGUACAGACUCUGGCUUACUUACCUGAAAAAAAUCACUUGUGAAUAUCUUGAAACGAGUGGGUUUUAAGUUUGAUAAAAUAACAUCUUUGUGUAGGUUUCAGGAGAGUCUCAGACUACGUUUACACGUGCCCAGUUAUUUUCAUAAACAGACAUUUCACCCUCUACGUUUACAAAAAAAACUGUGCAAACCACUAUGUUUUCAGAAAAGUUUUCAUUUACACUAACCCGUGUAUAUAUGCUGUCAACAGCAUAUCAAAUAUGUGUGUGGCAGUGUAGCAAGAAGCUCUAGCCCAUGUUAGCCAAUCAGAAUCAGCAGCAUAGCAGCAGCAACAACAACAACAACAACAUGCUUUCCUUCUUUCCUGUGUACAAUCUGCCAUCAAAUAGCCAAAUCUCAUUUUACCUCAGUUUUUCUCUGUUUACAUGCGCACGUGCAAGUGGAGUUUGCCAAAAUCUCCACUCUGGCCGGAGUUUUUAAAUAGCAUUGAAUAAGUCACACUGCAGCUUUACUCUGGCGUACUCAGCUCUAUGAACCUGAAAAACAAAGAUUGUCUUUUGAUUUUCAUGAUAAAUAUCAGAGUUUGUUUUAACAAUACUUUGUAAAUGCAGACUUUUGCUGAGUCUCAGUUUUACUGUAAAAAGUGAGUAACACAGAGCCGUUACUCUGGUUUACUUUGGAAGUAUGAUUUUGAAAAAUUAACUGCUUUUCUUGUGAUUUUUCUUUAAAUUAUAAUGUUUGUUGAAUGGAGGUUAGAUCCAUCAUUAUUUUAAAGGCCUUAGUGACAGGUUUGUCUUUGAUGUUGAACCUUGUAGAGGUUGAGGACGUGCUUUACCCUCUCUCUUUGUUAUAAACAUGGAGAAGUAGCAUCAGGAGCUGCUCCAGAACAGACGCAUGGAACCCUUUUCUCCAGUCAGGUGUGUUGAAUGAGUGAGCUGCAGGCUUGUGCGGACUUUUGUUCUGUUUUGUUGUACAGUUAGAGCUCCCCCCAAGAUAAACAAAGUGAAGCCGCACCCUCCUCUUCCUCCCACCGUGUGUCCCUUUGUGUGUGUGUGUGCGUGCGCAUGUUUUUGUGUGAAUCAGAGUCAUUUUUCAGUCUGGACUCUGAGGUUGUCUCUGAUUUAAAACCAGAGCAGGUUUGUGUCAUGGAAACAACCUGAAGCUGCCAGAGACUACACAUCACAUCACAUCUCACACACACACACACACACACACACACACACACACACACACACACACACACACACACACACACACACACACACACACACACACACACACACACACACACACCCCUGAACAUCAGGCCUGUUGUUCUUCCAGAUUGUUCUCCGUCAGUUUUAGUCUAAAAGCUGAACUGUUUGAACUGUUCGUACUUGCUGUGAAUACAAAGCUCCCUCCUCUUCCUGCUCCUCCUCCUCCUUCUCGUCCUCCUUGUCCAAAUGAACGGAUGACUCACCUCCUACUGUUUCCUGUCACCUGUGUUCAGGUGUUCACGGGCUGGGCUCUGACAUGCACACACAUGUCUGCAGUCACACUUGCUCUCCAUCACCAACUGUCACACUGCUGUUCACUCUGUUAUUCUCACAUUGUGUAAUGCAACAUGAAUGUCACCACAUUUUAUACCUCAAUGCUGCGAAGAACAGGUAGUUUGAUCUCAUUUUGAAUCCACUCUUCCUUUUCCCGGAUUAGGUAAUUUUGAUUUGUUCUUAAAUUCCCAGAAAGAGGCUGGGAAUUGUUUGUGUUUCACACGAUGGCUUCCUUAAACUGCCAAAAAUCUUCUGUUUGGUAUUCAAGAAGUGAAACUGUAGGAUUCACUGAUUUUCACUUCAUUAUUCACAAACUGCAAUCAGAGAAAUUGUUUCUUUUUUUUUUUUUUUGCUUAAAAAGGAUAUGAAAUAGUUCUGAUUGUUUUAAGAGGAAAUACAUUUGUUCGUUGACAACUUAUUGAUAAUUUGUUGCAGCUCUGCCUCACAGUAUUCAGGGAUAUAGUUAUGAGUCAUAUUCAGACAAAAGUCGAGCAGAGAAAAAUCACUGUCUGUCAAACUUCAGAACACCUUUUAUUAAAGCAAAAGCACCCAAAGUCUGUUACUCAGACUUAAACCAGAAGCUAAAAAACAAACAAACUAAAGAACUUAAAACGAAAAAUGAAACAAAAAGUAGAAGUAAAUGUUUAUGCACACUGAUAGGAAUUAAAUAUGAGUGAUAUAAAAAGUAAUCAAAAUAAGAUGAAAAAAACAUUUAAAACAGUAAAAUGUAAAUAGCUAAAAUCUGGUGGACACAUUAGUUUUUGAGUGGAUGAAUACCAAUCAUGAGAGAGCAGGUUGAAUGAUGGUUGAUAUAUAUUUGCUGAUAUCACACUGUUUUUCUUUAUCUUUUUUUGGUUUGUUUUUAGUUAAAAAGUUUAGCUCGGGCUUGAUGGUUCCUGCAGGAAGAAUCUUGAAAUUUGCUGGAAUGUGGGUAUGAUUUAAUUUCAUGAUAACCAACAUUUCUGAUUUUGAAUCCAUUAAAAAAAAAUCUCCAUCUGUCAUCAAUAGUAUAGAUCAGUGGUUCUCAAGUCCAGUCCUCGAGGUCCACUGUCCUGCAUGUUUUGGAUGUUUCCCUGCUCCAACACACCUGAUUCAAAUGAUUAGCUCGUUAUCAAGAUCUGUAAUGGCUUAAUAACGAGCUGAUCAUUUGAAUCAGGUGUGUCGGAGCAGGGAAACAUCCAAAACAUGCAGGACUGUGGGCCUCGAGAACCACGGGUAUAGACCAUCUCCUGUUUCUCUCACCCCUGGUGUCUGAUGAGCUGCAGUGCUUAAUAAACACUGAGUAGAGAGAGGGAGAGGUUUUCCAGUACAUCCCACCUGUUAAAGCUGUACAAUAUGAUCUCUCUUGUACUGCUGUUUCAAUUAACACCUUUUGUGGUAAUGCAGUAUUUCAGGAAAAUUUCUAAAUAUGCAUUCUGUUAUCAAAGCAUCUUUAUAAAACAUCCUCCUGUUGAAAAAGGUUUGAAAAAGCAGACAUAGAGAAGAUAAACUGGUGAGAGACAUGUCGCUGUGUGUGCACAGAGGAAACCUGCAGGUGUAGUGUGUGUGUGUGUGUGUGUGUGUGUGUGUGUGUGUGUGUGUGUGUGUGUGUGUGUGUGUGUGUGUGUGUGUGUGUGUGUGUGUGUGUGUGUGUGUGUGUGUGUGUUUGGAGGGUGGAGGGGGGUGGUGACAGACAGAGAAAAAUUCGAUGAGAACAUUAGAGUCGUUUUUUAGUAUUCAUAAAUAGGUUUGAGGAGAAGGCUUAAAGAGCCCCCUUCAAAAUAACAAUAGAUGAAUGACAUAAACUAAUUCAACAAUAGACAGAGUCGUGUUUUUGAUACCGUGAACUACUCCUUUAAUGCUUCAGAGACGCAGGACAUGUUCUGAUCAACAUCACUAUUAACAGCAGUGUUUGUGUGUGUGACAGUGUGAAUGUGAACAUGACACGAUCUGCGAGUGUUUCUGUGACUUCCUCUUGUCUCAGAGCCUGAUGAAGGGGACAGUCUUGGAAUGAUCUGGAAGAGAAUGGAGGGAGAGUCUGUGUUUCCUAUUUAUAGUCAAUAUGUGAGACUCAUCCUGUCUGUACUCGUCCUCUUUUCUGUGUGUGUGUGUGUGUGUGUGUGUGUGUGUGUGUGCGUGCGUGUGUGUGCAGCCCCGGGACAUGCUGCUCUGUGGGAGGGGGGAUCGGAAGGGGUGUGAGGGGCUCCUUCAGGGGGAAAGUAGAGAGGGGGAGGCGGGUGGGGGAUGGGGGAUAGAGGAGAUACAGCUGUUUCUCAGCUGCCCCCCCCCCGUCCUCUGAAACAGUGAGUUCACAGUGAGUCUGUUGUUCGGUCUGAAUCGACGAUGUUUCUCAGCUGCUGUCCCAUUAGGAAGAGCAUCAGAUCUGUUUACAGCUGUUUCUGCGUCUCUGACAUGAUGGUACACAGCUACUCUCUCUGUCUGCAUCCACUCUUGUGUGUUUGUAGAUGGGUGUCAUGUUUUAGUCCCCAUGUGACCCUUGACCCAGUGACCUCCUUGAGCUCUGUGUGGAAUGGAUGUAUGUGGGUGUAGUUCAUGUGUUCAGAAGAAAGUUUGGAUGUACUUUCCUAUCUCUUUCCCUUCGCUGAAUGUAAGAUGACUAACUCACUCUUCUCCUCUCGCUCCUUUCACCCAUGAACUCUUGAUAUUUCCAGAAAAUUUCAGGUCUUUUCAGGCCCUCAGUUUUUAGAAACUUGCCUUUAACACAUGCACCUCACAGCAGGAGAUUUUCUCGUGCUCUCCCAGCUCCAUUUGCUUUGGGUGAAGGAGGGGCGGCUCGGUAACUCACACAGGAGAAUGAGGAGUGUUAUGUGUACCAUUUCAGGGUAAAGUCAUUUUCUCACCAGCCUCCUGGUGAAACUUCAGCAACACUUUUGUAUGAGCAAAUGUAAUGGUGUGUCCCAAAUCGCAUACUUCCGUACUAAAUACGUAGAUUUUUCAAAUUGAGUAUUCUAAGCAUACUAUGUACUCAAUCGCCCAGUGCUUGAGUUUCAAGGGUGCAGUGUUGUUCCAAAUCGCUUACUGCCACGCGGCGCACUCACUGAAAAUGACAACGCAAUUUCUUCUUCUACGCCAAUUGGUCACCAGCUAGCUCUGCAUCAGCUAAUUACCGCCACCUUUUGCCUGCGCUCGUUCAUCCACUUUUGAGGUAAAAUCAGCAACGAAAUCAAUGUUCAUCGCUCAUUUUUACGCCACGGAUAACACUUCGGAACCUGGCGGCUACUAGCUAACUAGCUAACGAGCUAACUAGCAUUUGCGAUAACAUUUGCAAAUCGCAUACUUCCGUACUAAAUACUUAGAUUUUUCAAAUUGAGUAUUCUAAGCAUACUAUGUACUCAAUCGCCCAGUGCUUGAGUUUCAAGGGUGCAGUGUUGUUCCAAAUCGCUUACUGCCACGCGGCGCACUCACUGAAAAUGACAACGCAAUUUCUUCUUCUACGCCAAUUGGUCACCAGCUAGCUCUGCAUCAGCUAAUUACCGCCACCUUUUGCCUGCGCUCGUUCAUCCACUUUUGAGGUAAAAUCAGCAACGAAAUCAACGUUCAUCGCUCAUUUUUACGCCACGGAUAACACUUCGGAACCUGGCGGCUACUAGCUAACUAGCUAACGAGCUAACUAGCAUUUGCGAUAACAUUUGCGGUAAAAGACAAACAGGUUACCCAGGUUGCUGGCGGUGCUUGGUGGAAAGAACAUGUAUAAAAGGCAACUUAUUACUAGUGAUGCACGAUAUGAAAAAUUUCAACAGAUACCGAUAACCGAUAAUUUUCUUCUUCUCAUGGCCGAUACCGAUAACCGAUAAAUUCAUAUUUUUACAUUUAUUAUAAUCUUCAUAUAAUCAGCAGUUUGUGCAGGAUGCAGCGAUUGAAAACUGAUGUUUUUGUUGCUCUGGCCUAUCUAGAACAACAAACAAAAGUUUUUGGCUCUUCAAAUGUGGUCAUUUGCUAUAAAUAACAAUAACAGAGCAAAAAGCAGAACUUCAUUUGAUCCCCUGAACUGUUCAACAGAACUGUAAACUGUAAAGGAGCUAUUAUGAGACGUUAGGCUUAGCAUGCUGACUGGACUAACAUCUGACGUCCAUAUGUCUGUGGUAAAACUCACGUGUAGUCCGUUCUUGUCGAUCAGGUUGUGAAUGUAUGUGGCGACAAUAUCAUAGAGUGCAGGAAGAGACACAUCCGAGAAGAAGCGGCGGCUUGGGAGAGUGUAACGUGGCUCCAAGUGUGCUAUUAACUUACGAAAACCCGGGUUCUCAACGACGGAAAAAGGCUGGUCGUCGAUCGCUAUGAACUCCAUCACUUUGUCGUUAAUGGCUUUAGCCUUUUCGCUGUCUCUUGAAAAGCUUUUGCAGUUUUUAAACGCCCGCUGAAUGGGGACAUCGAUCCUCCGUAGUGUUGUUGUCUUAGCUUUAGUACCACUAGCAGCUUCGGCGGCUGUCUCAUAAUCUUUUACUACCGCUUCGCCGCGAUGGCGACUUUUCAGAUGAGCUAUCAGAUUCGUUGUGUUAAAACUUGACGUCUUCUUUCCUCCUCUCGGAAUCCUCGCUGAACAGGUUUUGCAUAUAGCAUUGCUGUUGUCAUCUUCUGCCACUGAGAGAAACGACCAUGCUGGUGAGGACAUUUUAUUAUCUGUCAGGUAGUGACAGGGUCAGGCUUGGGACCUGCGAGUAAGGCGCGAUAGAUGACGUAACCAGCGCGUCUCGGACGGGCGGCUACUCCGCCUGCAAACGUUACUCGUAAUUUCAUUAAUAUAUCAGAUCUUUCUAUCGGAAAGAUGCACCUAUCGGACCGAUAAAAAAUGACGUAAUUUCUCCCCAAAUCGGCCGAUAUUUUAUCGGUCCGAUAAAUAUCGUGCAUCCCUACUUAUUACGUACAUCUGUACAAAGCUUCCAGGUCGACCAUCGCCGACCCACUGGCACCACAGCCGUCCACUGCCAUUCUAACUGAUGAGAUGAGUGCGGCGAGUGUCCACAGUCGGAUACUCAAAAUCCUUGACCGAUUUAAGUGCGUCAUCCGGGUACUUUUGCCCACUCAAUUUUCACUGACCAUCCAUACUUUUUUCCGUUGAGUAUACUCAAAAUUUUAAGUAUUUAGUACUGGAAGUAUGCGAUUUGGGACACAUCAUAAGAGUGCAGCAGGCACAAGAAGCUGUAGGCACAUGGAAAUCUCUUUUCCUUGUCCUUCCCUUCCAGCAUAACAUAUCACACAGCCGCCACAGUCUUCAUCCAAGUUAUCAAGCUGCUUUGUACUCUUUUCUUUUUUACUGAUGCCAUCAAUUAGUUUGUUUACUUGUGCAUCGACAAAAAAGCAGAAGCCGCGAGAGUCUGCUUCACUUGCCAUCUUGGAUAGCUUGUAAACAUUAAACAGCGACCAUUGCAGUGCUUUUUUUGUUUUACUUUUUGGAAGUUUUCAGGAAUCUAAAUGUGAAAGGGCUGAAGACUUCUUCCAGAGUGCUGCCAGGAAAAAAGUGCAGAUGAAGUCAAUAAAAAAUUGUGUCGUCGCUCUUACAGCUCACCAGGAUGAAGUCAGGAAAGUUAUGGAGUUGUUUGCAUGUCUGAAAGGAGCUAGAGUGUCUUCCUCUGGUUCCGCUCGUACCCCCUCCCUUCCAGCACUCCUCUCUUUGUGUUUUGGGUUGUAGUCUAAGGUUUAUCGGUCCCUGGGGGCCGGGCAGGGCCGUGUUAGAGGAAGUCAUGCGUGCAGACAGUGUGUGUGAGAGCCUGUGUUCAGCUGUUAUCUCAGUGCUGCUCAGUUAAACAGGUUCAAAGUGAUCAGAGUUCUGGAUCCAGACUAAUCUUACGGGUAAACACUCAAAGUUCAACAGAGACUCAGAGCUUUGUUCUCUGUGCGACUGAACACAGUGUCCAGAUAUGAGACAGUUAGACCGAGUGUGUGCAGAUAGAAAACAGUCGGACUGUUGUAAGACAGAGGACGAGAGGCGAACAGCAGUCAGCCUGCAGUGGGUUAGUGUUACAGAUACGUCACAUUCAGCUGCUGCAGAGAUGUUUAUGUGUCUGAUCAGAGGACAGCAUGAGGAUAGAGUGGCUUUUAGGAUAAACUCUUUUAGAUAACACAGACUGGAGGAAUUUACAGCAGACCCUGCAGGAUGAAGAGAACUCUCUAAUCUCACACUGACUCAUCAAACUGGUGAUUAAAACAGUCCAGAGAGAGGAGAGUUUAUUUUUAUGGCACAUUUCAUAGCUGCAGUCUGCUCUUCUACUGCCAUGCUUUCAUAGCAGAGGUUUGAUCUCCAUAGCAACAGUCUGCUCUUUAUAGCAAGGGUCUGCUAUAAAAGAUAACAGACCUUUGAAUGCAGGAAUAAAGCAAUAAGAAUGUAUGCAAUAACACCAUGUUUGUAACUUGACUACUACAAGACUGAAACAUAUCUGCUUUGCAAUUUUGAAACAGGACUUCAACAUGUUGAACAUGUCUAUGAAUAGAGUGUGUAGUUUUCUUUUUUUGACUAAUUUGGCUGUUAAUAUUCCCGAACUCCAGCUAUACAGAUAAACACACGUGUGCUGAAUAACCAUAUGUGCUUAUAGUAACCUUCAUUUACCAGCAAUAAGCACCAAAGCACUCAUGCUAUUAUAGAUUAAUACUUAGUUUUGUUUUGCUUCAGUUAACUUGAUAAUUAUGAUUGUAGACUGUGAGGAUUUGUCAAGGCCAGGCUGCUACUCUGAGAGGGAGAGAGUGAAGAAGACGGCUCUGCUAAUAUAAUUAUUUACCAGAGUUUCCAGACAUGUAGGGUCAUUGAGCUGGAUCGUUAUCAUGCAUAGGUUAUACCCAUGGGGUGAAAGAGAAAAGGCACAGUUUUUGUUGUUUUAACAUUAAUUUCCAUCAGUAAAGCCAGUACACACAGCAGAGUCCUCCUUGUCCCUCCUGUGACUUACUUUGAUGUAAAUUCCUCCAGACUUCAUCCUGAUCAACAUGUGGUAGACUAGGAGAGCAAGGGUAUGGUUCUCAGUUCAGUUCAUUUUCUAAACAGUAAGAGAAACAAACUCCUUUAGGAGUUUGCAAAGAUCAUGGUACAUCUUUGAAUGUGUUUUUGGUGUGCUAAAGUGUAGACAGAGGAUUUCAGGAGCUACUUGUUCACCUGUACUUCAAGGAGUGAAACCUGUCUGAUAUUCAGACCAUUAUGGUUGCUGUUGCUGUCACUGUUUUCAACCAAACAUAUUGGCUGUUGAUACCUUUAUCUGCUAGAUUAAUGCAGGUGAAAACCCAAAAAGUUGGUAGAUAUCUAACGCAAAAGCUUUUCCAUAUCGUAGGGUGACAGUUUAGACGUGAAGUCUUUAAUCUCAUUCUGUCCUCUGUAGACAAAGGACUGUGUGUGUGUGUGUGUGUGUGUGUGUGUGUGUGUGUGUGUGUGUGUGUGUGUGUACACUGGUUAAAUAGUAGUUUGUCAGGUUUCAGCUUGUUGUGUCUCACUCUGAAGCCCUCAGGGUCCAACUGGUACUAGAAUUAAACCUGCUAAAACACACUCAAACACACACACACACACACACACACACACACACACACACACACACACACACACACACACACACACACACACACACACACACACUUUGCAGUUUUCAAAACAACAACAUAUAAAAAGUUGAUUCAUUUCAGAUAGAGAUACCUUUUUAUCUUUGUUUUGUAAUGGUUCAAGUAGCUCAUUAAUAACUGGGGAUGUUACAGUCAGAGAUGCGUGACAUUGGAUUUUGAAAGAUAUCUGAUAUGCCGAUAUUUUCAAACUCAUACUGGACUGUACUGAUAUCAACACCAAUAGAUAUACACACCUUUGUAAAGUGUUUUCCCUGUAGGAGUUUGCCCGUUACUCUUACUGUGACAGUUUAUCUGAUUUAAAAGUAGACAUAAAACAAGAGAAAACAACAUUUUCAGAUAACUUAUUUCAUUCUAAGGGGCAGUGGUUUGACAGAACUACUCUUUGGACUUAACUUGGCCCCCCUUGAGAAGGCAAACAUCAUCAACACCAGAGGUAGAUUGCUUCAGGCUGCUCACUGAGAAGCAGAAGAAAAACUAACACCAAUGAUUGACAUUACAGGCCAUUUUCUGCUUAUACUGAUACUGUGCCAAUAAUAUUGUUUAUAUCACUAGCUAGAGUGUUGUCAGUGUCACUAUAUCCCAAGACCGAAAGUGUCUCGAUACUGUAGCGGACCUGGAGAGGAAGAGGUAGAGUAUUAGGAACAGGAACUCACUCCUCAUUCACCGGUCUUUUUGCCCUCUGCUCAUUCAGUGCAGUUGAACUUUGACCCUUCAUUGCUCCUCCUCUGUACCUUUUACAUAGACAGUGAGGAGCAGCAGAAGAGUGUCAGUCCUACCCAGGUCAGGCCGUGUGGAGGGGGCUGUGAUGUCAUGUAUAUGAGUCUGGACGUGGAGGUUUUGUCCUGCACUGGUCUUGCUUGUUGUGUCCUCAGAGACUCAUAGAGGAACACAUACAGAUGGUAUCAGCUUCCUGUGUUGCUCUGUAGUGUUUCCUGCUCUUAAUGGUCUGUGCAAAAGGAGCAACUCGGACAGCUGAUCUGCUGCAGCAGCAGGAAUCCUGCGACACCCACACCCACUCAAGAUCUGUCACCCUGCUCCGUCACCUCGUGUCUGCAGCUGAGUUGAACUGAGGGCAUUUUCAGACCGAGUUCAGGACACUCACUGUGAGGGAAUAAAAAAGUGAAUAUUUGAUUAUGUCACAGUGCCUGCUCUUUGGCUCACAGUGGAAAUAGCUCUUUUUGUGUUUUCUCUGCUUCUUUCAGAAUUACUAACAACACACAGCCUCACAAAUAAUCAUGCAGUUGUUUGAGUUUGUGCAGCAUCUGCAAAACACAUACUCACUAUGUGUGACUUUAAUGAAGUAAUCAGACAUCUCUGCUGCAGUUGGUGGAAUUAAAUAUUUCACCCUGACUUUACCUCAACCUCUUCCCCUAAGUAAAGAAAAAUCCCCAAAAAGUAACAGGCAAUAGAGUGGCCUUGGUGAUGAAGUUUAUAACCUAUUACUUGUACACAAGCAGUACAAUCUUUGCGCUCAUAAUGCUUGCUUCUUUUCUGACUUGUACGUAGGGCUGUUGCAGUGCAGAAAUGUCCUCCAUGGUGAUUGAGGGUGGUUGCGUUAUGCGGAGUUAUUGCAUUGGUCUGUUUGUCUAUAGGUGUUAAUUUUUAGUAACUGUUAACAUGGACAUAUGUCUAAAAAUGAUUAACCAAAAGUCUUUACUUCUGUUUUAGUUUUUUCCAGUGUUAUUAUUUCCAUGCUAACCUACCUCACUACACUGCAGUACAGCAGCACUGUGACAGUAGUCAGCAUCUACACUUAGGUGGAGAGUAUGUGUUGGUCACCAAGGACUCGUUUCUAAAAAUGGACCUCCAAGAGCUGUAAUGUUGCAGUAAAAGGUUGUUUUUAUGCAGAGCUUAAUCAUCUGAAUCAAUGAAUUCUCAUCACUAGCAGCAUUUAUGCUGAAAGGAGACUAAUUGUCUCCAAACCUUGUCCUCAGGGACUGCUUUGGUGAAAUUGUACAGCCUUUGUAGAUUUAUGGAUGUAAUAUGUUUGUAUUUAAUCUUUUAACGUUAAAUUUAACCUCCAUUCGUUUGUUUCCACUGAAACUCGUUUUCUGAAGCACAGAUGGAGAGAAAAUUUACCCAUCUCUUCACCCAGAUACUGUGUGACAGUGUCUGUGAGAUGUCACUUUAUUGUGUUCGGCAGCCUUCAUUUUUGUGGUUAUCAUGACCGUCUUAUUUGUAUGUUCUUUUUCACUCAUUCAUUGAUACUUUUUUUUAGUUUUUUCACAUUGUAACAAAAGCAAAAAGUGGCAUCAUGCAGUGUUUUUCCACCAAAUGGCUCAGUUUUGUUUUCUAGAGUUUGGUGCUUAAUCUUGCUGGCACUUUCACAGCCAACUGCAUCCCUGGCACUACAUGACAGAAGCGUGCUGGCCAUACGACGGCUCCAUAACACCUCAAGUCUUAGUCUUGCUUGCAGUUAUUAAGUCGAGGUCUGUGUUGGCUCUGUUUUAACUAUAUCUAUGUCAAAGCAUGAAAAUUAAACCAUGAAAAAUGCAGCGGUCCUCUUUUCUUUGCUGUGGAGAUACUCUCUUCAGUUUCACACAGUGCUUUUAUUUUGGAUGGGACAAAUGUUCAUGUAGUUCAUAUCAAUGAAGAAAUCCACAUUAUAUUUACAUAUUGAAAUAAGACAUGUGGACAUGUGCUGAACAGUGAAGCUGCUGCUGAUUCAGAGAACUGUUGAUUUCAGAUCUAUAAAAGUGUGUGUGUCUGCAGAAAUCCUCCCCCUCUUCCCUCCCUGACUGACUGAUCCUCCUGUUCACUGUACUCUGAGCUCAUUUACAGACAGAAAUACAUAUUCAUAACCUGAUGGCUCCCAGAGCGAGUGAGAGUGUGUCUGUGUGUGUGUGUGUUGUCACUCCAUACCAGGCCGCGCACCAUCCUCUGUCCUCUCUGAACACCACCAGCAUGCUAAGUGAUGCUUUCAACCAGCACUCUGUCCCCGCAGGGCCACCGUCCUCUGUGUGAUCAGAGACGACAGCGAGCAUUGACCUGCUGUGACACAUGCUGUGUGUGUCUACAUGUGUGCGAGUGCAGGUUAUCAGAGAGAGUGUGUGAUCAAUCCUGCCCCUCUUAGAUAAGGAUCAAUAACUCCACACACACACGCACACACACGCGCACACACCAGCUGGAGCUCAGAGAAAAGUGAGAACUGUGAUUCAGAUAUCAACUAAAAAGCUCAGACACCAACAAGGGGGACAGGAGGCUUUUAUUCUGAAAUGAUGGAACUGUAAAGAUGUGAUUGUUGGUGUUCAGGCAGGUUUAGGGCCUGUGUCCACUACAGUGUUUGUUCUGCAUAAAACCAGUGCAGAAUAAGAUUACUCAGAGUGCAAAAUGGCCCCACAGUGUCAGUGUUGUUUUUCGUUGCCGUGCUCUGAGCUGGAAAUAGGUCACCUUUUGGUAAAGGGUUGUCAAGAUACCAGGAAUCAAUAUGCAGAAUUAUACCAGCUAAAAUAUUUGGUAUGAAAGAACUGAUUGAUCUAUUGGCAGAGGCUGAUGGCACCAUCAUGUUUUUCUAAAAGAUAACGCGUGUUUCAUCCUGAAUUACUGCAUCUUAAAUCUUGAACAGUUACUGGCUACUGUUAAAUAUCACCUCUGUAAUCGUGUACAGAAUAACGCCGUUGAAUUUUGCUCCUGACAUGAAUAUCAGUCAUGUAAAAUGUACUGAAAUCUGCAGAAAAACCACAUGUACUUGUCUUUGCAUGGAUGAAUUUAAAUCAAUCUCAACAUGUUACUGACUGAGAUUACCAUCGAUAUGGGAUGUAAUGAACAUUGAUUUUAUUGAAACCAUUUAGCUUUCGGCUAGAUGGAAGUGUUUUGAAGUGUUGUUCACUGAUGGAAGAAUCAAAUGUCCUGUCUGAUACUGGUUCUAAGGAGGAAUAAAUGAAUAGCAGGGAUGCAUGAUACUGUAUUUUUGCAAAAAUCUAAUAUGCUGUUUUUAAUUCAUAUUCAUUUUAGCUACCCUCCUUUAUUUCACUGUAAAGGACACAAGUUUCCCCUGUAAUAGAAUUACCUUUUUGUAACAAUGUUUGUUUUUGAACCAGACAUAAAACAGAAGAAACUAGAUUUGAUUGGACCAUAAAUGAUGAAUGUUUUCUUCUCCAGCUCUAGACUUUCAGUAAUGUGUCCACUGUCUGUUUCUAACACUUGAAAAUACUUAGGCACAGCCAACAAGUGCAAGCUGUCAUCACCUGCACAUAACUGAAGCAUCGACUUUUUGCCUGAUAAUUAAAUCAGUCCAAAAAUGUCAUAUCUGCUGAUAGGCAUGUGUGUGUGUGUUCAGGAACUUGGCAUUCACACAUGCAACUCACAGUGAGAAAUUUUCUCGGUCAGAUUCUCUCUCUGUCAGAGGUGGCUGCAAGAGUGUGCAGGAGGAGUGUUGAGCAGUGUCUGCUGUUUCUAUGGUGUGAAUGUGUAUAAGGAUGUUUUCUCGAUACAGAUACAUCAGUGUACAACAUAAGUCAGAUGACUGCGAUGAGCUGUAAAGAGUGAAUAAACGAAAAAGACCGCUCAAGUCGAACAGCGUCAUCACUUGUCUGCUCACCCCCUGUAAAUGUCCAGACUGUUACCUGCCACAAACACAUCCACUCACCUCCACUUCACUCAGGCUUUCACAGAGAGCAGUGGGGGCCAAAGUCUGGAUGAAUGCACUGCAGUAAACGUGCACACUUGCAGCCCACCUGGAUGGUGCGCAGGUGUUUUCAGAGCUGCAGUGUCCCCGUUUGAGUGUCUGUGUGGAGAUGAAGAGGAGGAUCCAGCUCCCUCUGCUCACUGACACACUAACCUACUUUAUCCCUGCAGCACGUUCCCCUGAAACAUCACAGUUGCUGAGCUAACAGAGUGUGUGCAGAGCAUGUUUAAUACAUGAGACUGCUUCUGCUGAACGCUGCACUAACACUACACAAAAGUUUGUGUAAGUGCGUGUACGUGUGUGUAAGCGUGUGUGUUUUUUUAUUUAGUGCGGACAGACUUCAGGAGUUGAGAUGAAGGCUGCAGUCUCUGCUGCAGUGAGUCUUUGUUUCAGCUACACCGUCACAGGCUGCACUGUUCCUGAACUCACCUGAGCUGCAGGAGUCCACUCCUCCUCACACAUCCCUACUUCUAAUUAUAUCUCCUAACACUGUCCCGUACCUCCUCAAACCCCCUCACAUCUCUUCACAGCUCCUCACAUUUCCUUACUCCCUCCUCUAACACUCUUGUUAGGACCUCCCUAUUUCUCCUCAUGCAUUGCACCUGAUCAUAUCCCCUCAUGUCUCCUUGAUCCUUCUUUUGUUUUCCUAGCUCUCAAUCACAAUUUUUGUCUCCUUUCCUAUUUCUCUUUCUCCCUCCUUAUGCCUCCUUAAACUUAACUACACAUUCUUAUGUCUCCUUGCGCCCCUUAUUGUCUUCUUACACCUCUCUAUGCAUUUUUCCAUAUCCUUGCACCUCCUUCUCCCUCUUACACCCCCUAAAUUCCUCCUUUUACUUUCUGAUGUCUCCCUAGGCCUUCCUAUACCUCCUUAUGUCUCCUCCCCCCUAAUUACAUCUUUUUAUGUCCCUUUACAAUAAACCACUUCUUUUCAUGUCCACUCACUCGAAUACAUUUAACCUCCCCUUGUUUAUCACCCCCUCUAAUGUUUGCUCCUUACACCAGGCUAUGUCUCUCCUCACCUCCUCAUGUCUCCUUCCAUCUCAAUGUGCCUACUUUCACCUCCUCAUACCUCAUUGUUUAUGUCUCCUUACACUUCCUAAUUUCUGCUUAUACCUCCUUAUGUCUCCUCACAACUAUUCUCACCUCCUUAUGUCUCUAUACGCAGAACACCUUCGCGUCUCUUAGCACCUGGUCAUUAAUGUCUCAUAUCCUCUUGUCUCCUUCCACACAAUUUCACUUUCUCUAUUUUCCUAAUUCCUAAUUACAACCCGUCGUAUCUCUUUACUAAUUAUAACACCUCCUAUGUCUCCUUACACUUCCACAUGUCCCCUAUCACCUAAUUAAAUCUCACAUCUCCUUCACCCCCCCUCCCUUACACGACCUCGAAUCUCUUUUCACCUUCUAACACCUCCUCACUACUCCUCACAUUCCCUCAUGUCUCCUACAUUUCAUAUACCUCCCUGCACCUUCUUGGGCCCUUUUACACACCUCCUUAUACCUCUUUUUGUCCCCUUACACCUAAACGCACUCCUCAUGCCCCCUUGCACCUCCUCAACCUUGACACAACCUUGACCUCCUCAUUUUCUUCCCACCAACCACUGAUUUCCCUUCGCCUCCUUUAUAGCUCCUAAUACCUUCAUACAUCUCCUCAUGCCUUCACAAGCCUCCUCACAGCUCUAUUUUCCACCACACACCUUCACAUUCUACCUCCAAAUAUCUCCUUCUGUUCACCUCAGCAGCAUAAGGAGGCUGUGUGUGUGUGUGUGUGUGUGUGUGUGUGUGUGUGUGUUGAGGGUAGUGUGUAUUUGUCAGUAACAUGGUGUGCUGUAGCUGCAGGUGUAAAUACUCGGGCGUAAACAGGUCCAAGAUCAGCAGUGACAGAACACAGCUAGGAGGGUUUACAGAGAUCAGGGUGCAGACACAAACACACACGCACUCACAAAUGCGCACGCACACACACAUACACGCACACAAACACACUAAACAUGUGAGGUUGCCUCUAAACCAACAGCUAACUGCUCCUCACAACAUCUGCUGAAGAGAGGCUGUGACGUUUUCUCCUCUGUGUCAAACAGUUUGAAAACACAUCUUAAAGCUCUAGCUGCAUUAUUGUGAACUGUGUUCAUUGUGCACUCCAAAGCUCACUAUCGUUUAAAAACUUUAGUCUGAAUUUUGAUAAGAUGGGAUUUCUGACAGAGUCAAGCAUGUGUCUGCGGGGUUAUUGUUUACAGUGACUGCUUAAAUCUCUUCAAACCUCCACUUGAUGAAAAAAUUCUGCCCCCAAACAGCAUCUUUAUUCUGAGUUAGGAGCAGUGAGACACCUGCUGGUGGAUGUCAGUCAUUACAGGUCUUGUUAGAGGGGAAAACCAAUACUGUAAUAUUUCAAAUAGAAAACAACCCUGAUGCAAGAUAACUCCUGUUUUCAGGAUAGUAGGAAAACACUGUACCAGAGCCCUUAAAAUAUAUCAGAUUUCUAGAGUCAGUUUACUUUUUGGAUAUUUUGUCUCACACUCUGAAGAUUCAAACCUUCUCUCUCUCUCUUUCUUUCUUUUUUGUCCAGACAGCUGAAGGCUUCACACACAGACAGGACGUGAUAGAAUCAGACCGACUUCAUGCUUAUCAUCAUGUACAUCUGACACACACACACCUGGUGAGUACAGACUCUGACCUGGAAGUGGUGUGUCUGAAUUCUCACUGAUCAGUUUUGUUUUCUGAGUGUACGAUCACAGCUGGGCAGUAGAAGUGGGAAACCUGAAUUGAAAUGACUAUAACAAUAUUAAUGUUGAUGAUAUAUGAUUGUAUUGGAUAAUGUCAAGGGAUAAUGCAUGUGAACAUAUAUAAUAGCUAUAACCCCCUGAGAUGCAUAGACUUAAUUCAUGUCAAGACCUAGGGGAAAAAAGGUUGGUUGUAUAAACUCCUGUGAACUCUGUACAUAGUAGUUUUUGACUAAGUCUUUGUGAUCUAAAUCUUCUUUUUUUUUUCCUCCUUCUUCAUUUUUUGGAUUGCUUUAUGUUAAGUUAGUCCUAAAAAAUAUCAACGUGUCUUUUUCAGAAUAAAGGUAUUUCAUCAGCAAAAUGACUAACUUCCUUUAUGUAGUUUAUCUGAAAUUAAAAAUCAUUAUCAUUAAAAUAACUGAGAUUUUAAUGGUGGUGCAGUGUCUAAUUUUAAUACAUGUAACAGCCAUAGCCUGCCUCUUUUCAUCGUUUUAAACUUGAGACAGCGGAGUCAUCUUUAAAUCCACUUUCAGGCAGGUAGACCUGUUUGAAUGGAGAAGUAAAUUAGAGACAGACCAAUUUAUUGGUUAGCUCAUCAAUCAGGCUGGUAAAUGGCAUUUCUAGAACAGAUUAAAUAAAAAAAGCUGUCUAUUGCUAUUUGCACAAGGAUAAGACAGUACAUGCACAUUGAAAUUUUGUGCCAUACCUCUCAAGCCAGCUCUAGUAAUACAAAAAAGUAUAAGAAAAAUACAUUUGGAAAUAUGAAGAUAAAAAAUCAGUGUAAAAAGUACACAGAAGUAUGCACUUUGUUAAACGUGAAAUGUGAAAUAUUGCAGGCAGAUCGAGAAUAACCAGCAUGAUACUGGCGAAGGCCUUCUUGAGGCUCACAUCUUUUCUAGAUGAAAACAAAUGAUUCACAUCUUAAAUUACAGCACAACAGGUCUACCAGUUGCUGGCUAGAUUCAGAAGGAUAAUGUUGUAAAAUAUUUCUUCUGACAUCAGUGUCAGACAUGCUCUGAAAUCCAUGUACCUUGUAUAUUUGUCUUUUAAAUGAAUCAACUAAUAAUACAUUUGUAAGAUGUUACUAACAAACAUAACCGAGUAACCUAGACAGCAGGUCAUUCGUUUAUCUGACAGCUGCCUGCACAAUAUAAGUUUGAAGCCAGAGUUAUCUAUAAAGCUAAUUUACACCUUUGUUCCCUGAGCAGGAAGGUCUAAAAACAUAAUCAAAUAAAACUUAAAUGAUACUUUUUAAUAAUGUGAAACCAGUGAUGUCUCAGCAUUAAUAAACAGCUGUGAUCUUUUUGUGUUUUUUUAUUUCAACAUAAGACUUGUUUACUAAAAUAUAUGUGUGUGUGUGUGUGUGUGUGUGUGUGUGUCUUUUCAAGGGGCUGUUCAGGCAUUGCAGCAGCUGAAGAUGAUGAUGAAGAGGCAUCUCCUGCUUUAAGAGUCAGCUGGUGAGGGAAUGAUGGACCUCCCUAAUGGCCAAUCAGGCGCCACCACCACUGCUGCACCUGUCUCUGAGGUGAGGCCACACCCACUCACAACUCCUACCUCUCUGCAUAUAAGUCAGCAGGUGCCCCCUGUAAUUUAAUAAGAAUUUUUUUUUACCAUGAUGCCUUUGGAGUAAUGCUCAAGUUACCUUGGAAGUUGGAUGUCGGAGCUGGGAGUGACGUUACACCCGAGUUGACGACGAUCCAGUAACCAAGUGUUCACAGUUAUACAUUAUGCAGUAUAACAUACCACUUAUUUAAUUUCACAAAAACAAAACAGAAGUGCUAAUAAAUAAUAUAUUACCAGAGCUUAUACUGUUACUCUUUACUGUUGAUGCACUGCGCUGCCAUCUUGCAUUAUAACAUUGUCAUCAAGUCGGGAGUUGGUGAGGAUCGCUGACUUUCUGAGUUCAGACUUCUGACUUCAGGGGAGUGUUCCAGAUGAAUUUACAACUUUGAGCACAGAAAUCCUGACUCAAGAGUACAACUGGAAUGCGCCAUUAGAAUGGGACCGAUAGAGAUAUAUGGAGUAGCAUAAACAGGGGCAGCAGAAAUUAGAAGUCAUAUUCUGUGUGUAACCUUCAAACCUGUCUGCUUGACCUUUAAUGUAUUGCUGUUUAUGUGUGUGUGCAGAGGAGCAGCAGCUCAGAGUCUCUCAGUGAGAGAGUUUCCUUUGACCUGAAGAAGAGUUUUGAUGCUGUUGUGUUUGACGUGCUAAAGGUCACGCCUGAAGAGUAUGCAGUAAGUAAAUCCUGUUUGAUGUGUUUAUGUGUGUGAGUGUGUUGAGAUGUAGGUGUUCAGAGAUGAGGAUGUUUAAUUCUGAUAAUUUUCUGUCUCUCAACUGGUUUUAUUAUUUCAUUUCUUGUUUAUCCUGCACUGCUACAUUUCACCAGCAGAGGGUGCUCUUUAGCUUUUUUUAGCUGCUGUCCUUGUCACAUGUCUCCACGGCAACACAUCAUCAGUAGCAGCUGAGAGGACACAGCCUCCAUCAGAGCAGAUUUAACUCUUUAAUUCAACAAAAAUCUGACACUUAGUGAUUUUACAUUUUGAUAAUGAUGAAAUCUAUAACAUUUCAGUUUUGGUGUAAGCAGGAAGUAUAACUGUGUGUUUUGUGUGUUUUUGUGUGUCUCCUCAGGGUCAGAUCACACUCAUGGACGCCCCCGUGUUCAAAGCCAUCCAGCCUGAGGUGAGCUGCUCUCAGAUCAGUCAGGAGGUGUUUACAUGUGCAGAGAGGAGUCAGAGCAAUGUUUCUAAACACUCUAAGAGCCACAGGGAACUCUUUAAAACUUCAACUCUGUUUUUUUGUAAUUCAGGUGUUAUUACAAGGCUUCACAUACAUGUUCCAAAAAUUAAUAUAGAGAGCUCAACAUAUGCAACAAGACUAACUGAUCCGACUCAGGAGUCACAUCUCACUCCUUCAUUUUUAUUGUUUUAAAUUGUUGUUGCCUUGUUGCCUCAGAUGAUGUGUCAGUUUGUUGAUGAUGUGGAUUCCUUUAGUGUCAAACUUGUCUUCCUUGGGAUAACUAUGGGUCAUUUCCCCCCACUAAGUCUGCAGAGAUGCACAUAGAAAAGGCAUAAAAAAGGAGUAAAAAGGGCUUUAAAAAGUCUACAAAAAUUCCUCACAGACUUGACAGUUUGAGAUUAGGACAGCUGCAAACCCUCACAGACUGAGUGGAAACACACCUUAAAAGUUAGUGUGUGUGUGUGUGUGUGUGUGUGUGUGUGUGUGUGUGUGUGUGUGUGUGCGUGUGUGUGUGUGUGUGUGUGUGUGUGUCUGUGGACUUAAAGGGAUAUUUAGGCAUAAAUUUAAGUUAUGGUCAAACACACCGUAACAGUGAGUUAGACACCCCCUUGAAAGAUCAAUGUUGCUGACAAUAGCAAUGUACAGUGGUCUACAUCUCCACAUGCAAACCUCAACCAAAAAGCCACUCUAUAGCCACAAAUAAUACUCAGAACAGCUCCUAACUUCAUCAACAGUACAUAUAGGGUCCCAGCCAUAGUACUAGCCAUCGAACAUCUGUUUAACUUUGCCUAAUUUCUUUAGCAAACAGACCAAACACAACUCACCUACUCUCUUCCAGCAGCCGCUUGUUUGUAGGGAGAGCCCUGACUAGUCGAUCACAGAAUGCAGUGGAGUUUGGCAGCUCAAGGAAGAACAUUUAUGAUCAUUUCUUAUCAGACUGAGACACUAAGGCAGAAGAACUACUGCAUCUGCAGAGCAAAAUAAUUAAUAUGAUGAUUAUUACUUCAUGGAAAUAAUCCACUGCACUCUGUGAUUGUGCGGUCAUUAGGUCAUUACUAAAGUUGGUAUAACUAAAGAAACAAGCACUUGGCAACAUUCAUCUCUUGGGGGGGUGUCUUACUCGGUGUUAUGGUGUGUUUGACCCUAAUUUAAAUUUAUGCCGUAAUAUCCCUUUAAGACAGUCCCAGAAUCGGUUUGCUUCAUUAAGCAUUUUCUGGGUAUCUGUGAUGGUAGAUUCCUGACUUGUGUGCAUGUUUACAUUCUACAGUCAUGUGACAUAGAUACAGACCCAUUCCUCUGUGUGUUUACAUGAGGGGGUGCAUUAAAGUGAAUUCAGGCGGCCAUAAAACAUAGGUUAGUCCUGAACAGCGAGGAAGUAAAGUAGUCUCAAUCACUGACUGCUGCUAGAAUCUAAUGACGAUUGAUUGAGAUAGGAAAAAGAUCCUGUAUCAUCAGUCUUCUAGUAAUGCAAAGAAAAUGCAGUAGCUGUUAAUUAUGUGUUAAAAUUCAACCUAAGCCUCAGUACAGAUGGAGAUGCUGGUGGAAACAUCUGGAGUGAUGCCUUCAUUCUUUCUGCAGCUGUAGCCUGUUCAGACUAAAGGUUUGCACAUGGAGAUGUAGUUUAUUGUCUUCUCAAAAGUGAGUUUGAUAAUGAUGAGGACAGGGCUUUUGAAACAUGUCCUUGAAAGUCAGUAUGAGCGUGUGCUUUAACAUGCUGAGAUGUGUUUGAGACCUCUGGUGGGAAAACAUGAGUUUUGAUUUAAAGGGAUGUGGGGGGUGUGGAGGGUUGUAGAGGAGUAUGAUGAGCUGCAGAAAAAGAGGAAGAGUGAGUGGAGAGCCAGCAAAGGACGAGACCCUGACUGGAGGAAAACUGGAGUUUCCAGAGAGCUCAGUGUGUCGGUGUGCUCGCACACUCAUGAUGGAAACACCAGCUGUGUGUGUGUGAGAGAGAGUGUGUGAUUCACUGGGCUCGCUGCCUGAAGAGGAAAAUAUUAAAUAACUUGUUGUGUAAUAAUGUUUUUGCUGUCAGUCAGCCCAUUUUUUACCCCCGAAAGCACCCUUUCAAUGCUGUGUAAGGUGCUGCUAACCCCUGACCCUGCAGCAGUACUGAAAAUGAAAGAAUGCAGCUAAAGUGUGGAGGGUUUGCUGACGGACAUGAUGAGGUUUAAAGGCCUUUUUUACUUAAGAAGACUAGGAAGGAAAUCCCACAUUUCGAUGAUUUUUUACUCAUGGUGACGAUUUCCUGAUAUCUCCACUACAAUCAUAUGCAGCUAUCAGUGCAUGAGAUGAAAGUCAUAAACAUGCGAGCAGGAAGGAUUAUCAGCAGCUGCAUUUUAUUUAACGGCUUCAUCGACGUGCAGACACGCUCUGUGUAAAAGCUCAGAUCUCACGUAGGACUCAGUGGAUUUGGAGGUCAGAGUCUGUUUGGUGUACGGGUCAGCUGAUCAGGGCUUCAGUGUCCUCUCAUGCAGCUCCUCAGGGUGACUCUGGGACACGUUUAGGGUGCUGUGCACGUGUGUGAGACUGUAGUUUCCGUGAUGUGAGCUGCUGCGGUUCCACUCGGUUAAACGGUAAUUUGGGAGCCGACCUCGACUUGUUCGAUUUCUCCCUCAGACUUUGAUGCAUUGCUGAGUUUGGACACCUCCAAAUGUUCCUCUGCAGGUUUACUCUGUUUUUUGCAUAGAAACAAAGAGAUGAAUCAUAUUUUCCAGCAGAUAGUUUGCAGUGUUUCUGGCCGGCAGAGCAUCUCAUUAAAGCGUGUUUGUUGAAGCUGGAUGUCUGAGGAGUGAUGAAGCUGUCGGCUCAUUUCUGCACACACACAGAUGUUCAGCCUGUUCGAGCUGCUGUUAUCACAGCUCAUUCAGGGAGAUUACAUCAGAAUACACCAAACAAGCUGUGACUGACACUACUGUUAGCCAUGUCCACCAUCGCAUUUCCAACUGACCAUACACACAUCGUAACAAUCAGAGGAUGAGGUGUGAAGACUCUGAGUGAAACACGCUUGUGGUUACAGCACAUGGAUGUGACGCAGGAACAGACCGGCAGAACAAAGUCUGCAGAGUCUCAAAGAGCCUCAGAGGGUCCAAGAGGUUCUCAGGGGAUUUCAGUGGGUUUUAUAGGGUCUCAAAGGGUCUUAUAUAGUCUCACAGUGUCAAGGACAGUCUCAGGGAGAUCACAGGAGUUUUAGGAAAUCUUGGUCUCAGAAGAUUGUGAGAGAUUACAGAGCGUCUCUAAAGGUGUCAUAUAGGUUUAAGAUGCUCUUUAAGGGUCUCACAGGGUGUCAUGAGGAUUCUGAAGAUUUUGUAGAAGGUCUUAAAUAAUUGCUAAGGAUCCUAUGAGAUUAUAGAGAGUCUCAGAUAAUCUUAUAGGGGUUAAAGAGUAGGGCUGGGAUGAUAUGCUUUUCUCCCAAUUCUUCUAUGAUUCUUUGAGUGCUGAUUUGAUUUAAAUUGUGAUUCAAUGAUAUUUUCUUGAUCUUUAGUCUGCAUUUUCAACACCAGUGAAACAGUUGAAUGAUUAUGAUUGUCUACUGACUAUUCCAGGAACCAAAUUUCCCCCCAAAAAUACACAUCAUGUUAGUCAGUUUUUAAGAUUUAUUCUUAAAUUUGAAAAAAAAAAAAAAAUCUAUUUUGAACACUAAAAUCGAUAAAAAAAAAAUUGUAAAACAAAAGAACGCAAUACUUAUGUGAAUCGAUUUUUUUCUCCCACCCCUAUCAAAGAGGGUCUCAAAUUGUGUCAGAGACUCACAGUGUCUUAAAGAACUUCUCAACCAAUGUCAGAGGAUCCCAAAGGGUGUAACAUUACCUGUAAGGUUUUCAUAGGGACUCAGAGGGUUUUAAAUGAACUCAGAGAGUGUCAGAGGGUCACAGUGUUGUAGACUGUCUUAAAUGGUCUCACAGGAUGUCAUGGAGGUUCUGGAGAUCUCUGAUUAUUUUAGUGGAGCUCUCAGACAGUUUCACAGGAUCCUAUGAGAUAUAUGAGAGGGUCUCGAAGGAUCUCACGCGAUCUUAGAGAGUCUCAGAGGUUCUCACGUGGUCUCACAGGGUGUCAUGGGGGUCCUGCAGAUCUCAGAGGAAUUUGUAGGAGAUCUGAGAUGGUUGCAGAGGAACUUCAGAGAUUUCAGAGGGUCACAGAUAGUCCCACAUGGUCUUAGGGGGUCAUAGAGUAUGUCAUAUGAUCUUAAAGAGUCUCAAAGAGUCUUGUAGGCCAGGGAAUCUUAAGAGUUUUGGAGGAUGUCAGACUGGCUGAAAGGAUCUACAGUGGUCCCAGGCAGCAUCAAAGGGUUUUAGAAAGUCUCAAAGUGUCUUAAAAGGGUUUAAAAGGACCAAGGGUCUCAAAAUAUAACAACAGGUCUCAGAGAGUCUCAGAAGGUCCAACAGGGUCUUUUAGAAUCAUAGUAAGUCCUUCAAAUUUUAGAGAGACAUAGGGGACAUCAGAGGGUCUGGAAAAGUCUCAAAGGAUGUCAGAUACUCCAAGUGUGUCUCAGAGGGGCCCUAGGUAACUCAGGGGCUCUCAGAGACCUUGGGAUUGUGUCAGUAGGUCUCAGAGAGUCUCAAGAUGACUCAGAAAUACUUAAAGGGUCUCCUGAAUAUUUGGGGCCUCUUUGAGAGUUUAAGAGAGUCAAAAAAAGUUAGGUUUUUAGGGUUAAAGAGUUGAAGUGAACCUCAGAAGAUCCAAGAGGAUCUCAAGGGAACAGCAGGAGUUUCUCUGAUGGUAAAAUAAUCUGAUCUUUAAUCUCAGCUAAUUGAUCUGAACUCUGACUGCAGACUCGAACAUGCAACAGAGGGAGGUGGGUUUUUUUCCACUACCGUGGCAGUGAUAACUUAUGGUCUGGUUCUGUUUUAAGGAUUGGACAGUACGGUAUUCAGUACGUUAAAGUUGACUCUGCUGACAGGAGAGCAUUUCAUCUCUGUCUGUGUCUGUCUUUGUCGAUUGUUUCGUGUUUCAUAACCAUUCGUGUGGCUGAUGAUCCACAGCUGGAUGUUUGUGAAGCAGAAACUGAAGUAUGAAGACGGGCUUGAAGGGGGGGCUCUUUUGUUUUUACACGUUACCAUGACAACAGCCAGGUCAAUAAAUUACUGGCUUUAACCAGCAGCACAGCCUUAGAUCACCUCUUAAGUCCUUCUGAGCAGACAGAGGAAACGCUGUGGUUUGAGUCUCUGAUAAAACCCCUGAGCUCUGUCAGAAACUUUCUGUAAUCUGGACGUGAAAGUGUCCGUACAGUUGUUUCCCUGCAGUCUGCACAUGUUUAAUGAUACUGGACUGUAACGGCAGACACCGAGGGAAGUCCCCCCUCUCCCUGCAGCCUGUCAGCGUGAGGGUCAGCACUCAUCCAUCACUGAGGAAAGAGAGAAUAAAAUGUUGGCAGCAGAGACAGAAAAACCACAAUGACAAGUUUUCCCUCCGUCCAAAGUUUGAGACUUAGUUUGGAAAAGUUGAAAAAUCGUGCGGAGCAUCUGAGAGCGCUGUGACAGAGUUUAUCUGAAGAUGUUUACUGUAAGAAAAGAAGAGUUAUUCUAAGAACAAUAACAUCAUUUGUUUGACCAAAACAUGGCUGAUCUGGUUUCACUGUAAAACCAACAGCCUGUCCCGUACUCGUGCAAUAAACGUGCAAAAGGAGCUCCUGGAAAAGUGAUCAUUUCAUGCUGAGCACAGCAGAGUCCUGCAGAGUUGGCCUGCAUGGUACGAGGAAAAACCAGUGCAAAAAAUAAAGCCAGAAAAAUCACACAAAAAACACGUGAUUGAAUUGAGCAAUAUUACAAUAACAGCAUGAAUAAAAAUAUAUACUAAAGUCACUGUGGGAAGUAGUCUCACUCAGAAAACGAUCCGCACAGUACAAAGAGAGAAUAAUAGUGAUUAGUUAGUGAUUGGUUCUUUCUAUAAUCUUUAUCAUUUAUAUACUUUUUUUUUAUCUGAGUCCAGCAAAACAGCCAUCCAGGACUGUUUUCUUCUUGAAGUAUGAAAAUGUGAUUUAAGCAGUUUUUAUAUCAUGGUUGAAAUUCAUACUUCUUUGAGCAGGUCAAAGUCAGGUUAUCACUGAAGUUCAUGUCAUGCAAGAGAGACAACAAGAGUAAACACAGUUGUCAGUUAUCAUUGAGAUGUGUAAGAUGGAUCGACAAAAUUCACGAUGUUGACACGAGCUGCAGAAAAUACUCCACCUUCAAAUAUGAAUUAGCAAAAUCCAGGAGGCCUCCAGCAGUCCAGUGCCAACAGGUACGACCUACAAGUUUCAAGUGCAAGUUAGUAGUGUUGGGAAUCACUCGUGACCACACGAUACGAUAUCAUCAUGAUAUUUGUGACAUUGUUGCGAUUUUUAAACAUUUUGAAAUACAGUGAGUAUUGUGAUACCAUAUAUUGGGAUUUAUACAAUUUUUUUCAACUGCUCAGCUGAUUUAGCAUUUGUCUUUCCUUUAUGUCUGUCUUAUUGACACAAUAUUUUAUUUUCAUGUAGCACUUCUUGCAAACCUCAUGUGUCAGGUCCAUCUCAUUUGUGCCCUGUUUUCAUUCCUGAUGUCCCUCCCCAGGUGCUGCCAUGUUUGUGGUACGAACUUAUUCCUGCUCACCUCUGCCAACCCCACUGGACAAACAAUUAAUUCAAUUUUUCCAUUUCCUGAGUUUAUAUUAGCAAUUAAUUUGAAAAAAUUGAUACUUGGUGGAUGAGAGGAUACAAUAUAUCACCAGACAAAACAUCACAAUACUGUGUUGUAUCGAUUUUUUCGCCCACCCCUACAAGUAAGUGCCUUAUGCACAGUGGUGGCUGCUCUGUUGUCCGCUUUACAGAUGAGAAUAGUCCAUGUGCACGAGAGCCAUCAGCCACCAGUUUGUGUUUUGUCAGAUGGACGAUCACAGAUCAUGUUUGUCAUGUUCAUAUCCCCAUCCUAGGAGACGAAACAUGAUAACAUUAAAUAUUUUAUUUUUGUUAUACUGAUAAAAUCCAGACUUUUGUGACGUGUUUAAUCUGAACUCUUGUAUUGCAGUAACAAUAAACAAAUGUUAUUUAUUGUGCAGCUUUUCUGCAGAGUCCUGCAGGUCUGACAGACUCUGUUACAGUCUGAAGUUUACAUAAAACUUUACGUCCGAUAGUUCUGUAUCUCCUUUUUUGUUAAAUUUUUUUCCUUCAGUUCUUUCUAUUUUUACCAGAACACAGACAGAAAGUCAAUCUGAAGAACAUAAAUCCAGAAUAAGCUGGCAGGUUUCAGGUUUUCUGUCUCUCUACAAGCUGCAGGACAGAUCAGGAACAGAAACACGUGUGCAGGUUUUCCAUCGGACCUUCCUGUCCUCGGUAAAUCUCCUCCGUCAGACCUCCUCCUCCACCUCUUUCUUCUCUGGGAUCUAAACACGUCAGUAAAACAUUUUCAGAGCAGACUUAAACAAAAGGAGCUGCUGUGGUGUCUGACAUGAGGUCAUCAGUGAGUGCUGGUCAGGUUUAUGUAAUGGUACUCACAGUGAGCCCGUAAAGCUGAGUCUACAGUCAGUCGGAAGAUUAUCAGACAUUAUUCUCUGAGCUUAAUGUUUGGCUGAGAGUCUGAACUCUUUAAAAAUCAUCAUCUGGAUCCAUAAAAACAUAAAAACGCUCUUUAAAGUCAUCCGAUUUUAAACGUUGAUGGUGCCCCUUGGUGAAGUGAGUUAAAUGUUCAUCCAGAGUUGACGUCACUGUUGCUCAUGUGAGCUUUAUGUACAAACAGAGGGGAUCCAGGCUGCAUCCCCACAGGACUCGGCUGUAAUGGGAGCAGCUCAGCGUGAGGAGGAAAGCAGUGGUCUGAGGUUUGGACUGGCAGGAGCUUGUUUCUGCAGAGUUUCAAAGUAGGACUGCCUCUCCAGACUCUAAAGUUCUGCAGGUUCAACAGGGCCCGGAAUGCAAUAAGAGCAUAAACAAACAAUGAAAAUAAAGAGGAAACAAAGAACUGGCAGUUUGUGGAUCAGCUCCCUGCUGCAUAAUAAGCAGCAGCAGUUCUGAGGAGGGUUGGAUCGGCGGAUGGUUUGAGAAGAUGACAGACUCAGGUGGUUUAAAACUUCAGAUUUAGAGCGAGUUAAUGAUAUGCUGAACUUUUUUGUGUGAUCUGGACACUUUGGGAGCUUAUUGUGGUCUCAGUGUGAGAGAGGUUUGGGACUGUCUCUGAACUCUAAAUGCCAAGAAAGAAUAUUUGCUAACCGAAAGUUGACUCUGUUGAACUCGUAAUGCAUUUUUUAUGGCAGGUUGAAUUUUUGCACCCACAGCAGGAGCAUAAACAACAUUUACAAGACACAGUGAUGUGUGCAAAAACUCAAACCAGAGGUAAAUCACAAGGCAGUAUGGGACAGCACUUCCAGGGAGGAUGAAGCAGCAUGAAGAUCACCAUAAUCUGUAACACAUGGAAGAGUUUCCUGGAUGAGUUUGAGAUGUAUAAAACGAGGAUGUGGUCUCCGUAACAAUGAGGAAGUCAUCUUUUCCACCCACUCCCCUUGAAUGUAACAAACUUUUUUCUACCAGAUAAAGUCUGGAAACUUUCAGGAGUUUGUUGCAUGUGUGAAAGAGGCUUGUUCUUGAAACAGGUAUAGUUUCAUUCAUCCUGAUACGUGUCACUUCUUUCAGGUUCGCACAAAAUUGCUGUACGUAAAUGUCCUUCCUGCUCACCCACAGAGAAUACUGCAUUGUUUCCACUGUGUUUUCAUAACAGCUCAACCUGAUGUUGUGAAGUUUUAUGAGAAUGCUGGUUUGGGAAAGUCCAGGAAAAGUCAGGAACGGAAAAUAUGCCUGUCUGUGCUCUCAGUUAGUUUUCAAGACUAGAAGUUAGUUUGGAUUUUUUCUGACUUUUGUGCACGUGUGAAUAAUACAGCUUUGGUCUUGGAGACGUUGGACUUAUUGUGGUCAUAAUGUAUAAAGCAGGACCAGACUGUCUGUGAGCCUGUCCUCUGGUGUCUCCCCCUCCCUCUGGGUGGUCAGGUGGAGGUGUGAGCUCCUGGACAAACAAACACAGAGUCCUCCCCCGGACUGAGGGCUGGAGAAGGAUGAUUGAUAUGCUGGCAGGAGGCAGGAAGUUUGUACUUCAAAAAUAAACAAUGUGUCGUCCAUAGAGAGACAGACAGUGACAGUGUGUCCACUUAAAGAGACUCUGUAGACCCUAAAAACCUCAGAUCCACUACAGGACAGUUUUAUAGAUCUCACACUUUCCCUUCCCCUCCUCUGGUUUCUCCUCUUCCCACACAUCCCGAUUCCAGAUUCACCAACAUAACAGCCUGUUUUUAACAUCUGUGUAUGAACCCCCUACCCCCCUAACUGCCCAGAGACUCUCCCUGACUAAGCUGGACUCUCUCUCUGUCCUGCUGUGGUUCAGGUCAGGGACUUGUGAGCAUUCAGGUGGAUAUUGUUUCAGUCAGUGUGUGUGUCAGUGUGCGGAGCUGGCAGGAUGAGCAGGAGAGCUUUCACAUUAUUCCUCCUUGUGUUACAUCAGAGUCUGGCCUCAGGACGCCUCAGGGGGAGCAGGAUAUGUGUGUGCAGAGUUUGUGUGGUCUCAGUCUUUACCUUAGACCUGAGGUCAGACAAUGUUAGAUAUGCACAAUAUUGAUAUCUUCAGUCUUAUUUAGGCUAAUAUCUAUGUAUAUUCAUCUUUGUUUUCCAUUGUUAAAAACACCAAGUCUCUCCUGUGCUGAAACUGACCCGUUACACUGUGACAGCCUCUUCAUUUAGAUGUAUAUUUAUAUAGACAUCAAUAAGACCAAAAAAUUAACUCUGCCAUAAAGAACUUAUUCUUUCGGUUUGUUCAGGAUGAUAGCUCUUGAGGUGCAAAAAUGGAUCAUUAGAGUUAAAGGAACAUUGUCUCGCACCAAAUGUCUUCCUGAUUUAUGCCUACUAACUGUUGCCUUUGAACACCAUUUUGCAGUCACUAUCUGGUUUUGUGUCUUUUCAAAGACUCAGCUUCAGUACUCAUAAGAAACCUUUUUACAACAGUGAUAAAUGCAGUAAUCAGAGGGCAACGUUUACCAGACUCAAAUUCCUUGUAUGUGUACAUAAACCUGGCCAAUGAAGGGAAUGUAACAGGACUUGAAACUGGGGGUAUGACAGGCACAGUCAUCUCACUGCUUUCUGGAGUAUUACAGUGUUUUAGUGCAACUAUGGUAUAGCUAAGUAGGGAUGGUAAUCACCACGAUAUUAUCAUGAUACUUGGGCCACGAUACGAUAUUAUUGUGAUUUUUAACAUUUUGCAUCACAGUGAGUAUCGCGAUCAAUGCUUGGUCAGUGAGAUGAUACUGUAUAUCACCAGACAGAAUAUAGCAAUACUAUGCUGUAUCAGUUAUUUCUCCCACCCAUAUAGCUAAGGUAAAGGUCCGACAAAGAAGCGAGACAUAAUAAUUUCAACAGCAACAAGCUGCAGGCUUAACAGUGUUAGAUGUUGUAGAGAAAGUGCAAACUUAGUCAAUCACAGAUAGUGGGAAAAUCUGAAAUAUGCAGAAAAACUUUGCAUAUAUACUUAGGGGGCCCACCUUGGUAUACUACGUAAGAUGGAAAUACUGCUUUUUAUGAAGAUGAUCUUACACAGGUAGGCUCUGUUGUUCAGUGAUGUCAUUCCCUCUCUCUUUCUGUGUCCUCAGGAGCUGUCGAGCUGUGGUUGGAACAAGAAGGAGAAGCACAGUUUAGCUCCUAACGUGGUGGCCUUCACCCGACGGUUCAACCAGGUGGGUCACACUGGGUCCUCAGUCAUGUACCUGACAGGAACAGGUCGAAGGGCAGGUUAUCGUGUCCCCACACAACAUUUUUGGUGUUUUUGUUUGGUGUGUUGGUGCAGCACAUGGAGAAAACAUUCUCCCGUGCACGCUCUGCUUUGUGAAAUCAUUACCAGGAAGUUGUGGGCGCUGAUGUCACAGUCCUCCCCUUUAAUCCCUCCUGUGUUUUCUGGCUCCUGUCAGAGUGUCCUUCUCUCCUGCAGCUUAAAAUGAGACGAUCCGACAGGAAUGUGUUUGUGUGGAAACUCUGCGUGUGUGUUAGCUUCGCACUCUGCAGCUGCUGGAGGAAAAUGAGCCGUUUGGAUCCUGAUCCUGGACAGGAGGGCAGAGAGUCCCACAGAGCUCUUUAACCUAAGCCGAGGCCAGGUCUUUCUUCCUCCUCCUCCUUCUUCUCUUCUUCCUCAGUGCUGUGUUGUUGGCACUGGAAAGAGUAAUGAAACAUGAAGAUCAAAACACAGAGACCAAUAAUAAGUCUGAUUUCGAUCAUUGACUUUAUCAAUCAAUUUUCACCUCUACAGAAGUGGCUCAGGCCUGGUAUUGCCAUGUUUUUUAGUGAUAGCAUCACAGGUUGACAGCUAUGAGUACAUGUGUCCACACUUUGCACCAACAUGACACUCCAGUGGAUGCUCGUGAUUGGAUCUCACUUUUCUGCUCUGGAUGAAUCCUGAUGAUAAAAUAAUGACCUAACAUGGAACACUAGAAGAUGCCAUCUGUCACGUGUGCUUGUUGUCAAGGUGGCAGAGCAAUGCAGCAUAAAGGCAGCAGCGAUUAAUCAAAGCUGCAGCCCCUGCCAAUAAAAGUUGGUUUUGGAUGUGUGUAGGUAUGCUUUGGUCUCAUGUCCCUUUAAGACGCUGUCCUACGUCAGAGACGUGACCCCCCCCCCCCCCCCCCAUCCAGUCCGUAACAAAGAGGGAAAGACAGGUGAGGAGAUGGAGGACGGUUCAAAAGUUGUAGCAGCUGGAGCAGCGGCUGAAGUAGACAAAGUUAAUGUGAGAGGGGGUGAGCAGCUUGUGGAGUAGUUAUUGUCCAUUUAUCGUUAUUAGGGUGAACUGCUCAAUAUAUUGUGAUAUUGAUUUGAGGCCAUAUCGUUCAGCCCUAGAUAAUAGCUUAACAAGUUAAUUCUCUGCAUUGGCAUAUGUAACCAUGUUUACAGAUAUAAUCAUAGGCCAAACAGGUGAUGCAGGCAAUGACAGCUUGCAUGUAUUGGCUCUAUUCAAGUGUUUUAAAGUGCUAGGAACAGAAAGCAGACACAUAACUGAAUGUCUGUAUUUGAAAAAGGAUCCAUUUUUCCUUUAUUGUAGAAUCUAAUGCUGUUUGUCAGGCUCUAUAACAAGCUGUCAAAGUAAGAGUAACUUUUCAGUCAGAGUCACCUGGAAGACUGUUGGAGAAGGCUGUCAUAGUUUAGUAUUUAUUUUCUGUUUGUUUCUGAUCAAGCAGGAAAUGCUGAUUUGAGAAGUUUGUCAGAUUUUCUGUGUUUACUCGAUUUCAACAUUUUAUAUGAACAUUUUGAUUUAAUUUCGCACCAGUUUUAUGAAACUUCUUUUUUCACAACCUCCUCCUCCUUAUCCUCACAAAAUGUUGCAAAUCAAAUACAUGUGAGCCUGUUUCAUUUAUUGUGUUUGUGUGUGUGUGCGUGUGUGCGUGUGUGUGUGUGUGUGUGUUUGCAAGUCUUUAAAGAAGAUAAAUGGAUCUGCUCGCUCCUCACCUCUCCUCUGAUACAAAAACACGUCUUUGAGCAGCUUCCAGGAAAAGAGGAAGAGCGAAGAGACACACAAGAGGAGGAAUGUACGCCACAAACAUGAACUGAUCACACACACUUAGGGAAAGAUAAGGGAGAGAAUAACACACACAGAGAAGAGAGAGAUGGUCAGUGUGUCUGGACGUCUGAUCAGAACAUGGUGUGCAGACAGCUGAGAUAUCUGACAGCCUGCAGUCAUACCACCUCUCCAGUCCUCCUUUCCUCCCUCCCUCCCCCCUUCUCCUCCUCCUCCCUGUCUUCCCCUCUUUCUGCUCGUCUUCCUCUUUCCAUCCGUCCUCUCCCCCGAGCUCAAACACCGACUGAUUCACCGACUCCUCUCUUCAGUUUUCUCCCCAAAGACGCACAUUUCUAUCAUCACCUUGCAUUCAUCCAGUGAAAACACACACAUGCACACACACAUACACACAAACACACACACACACACACAGGAGUUUUGGUGUGUUUCUGUUGUGUAAUCAGCUGGAAUUAGGAGGAUUUUCCUCAGAAGUUCUUGUUUUUAUCAGGAGCUGUUUGUCUGUAGUUGCUCAGGGAUCAGCUCUCUGUGCACUCUGGUGUGUCUGAUCCGGUCUGAACUGGUCUCAGACCAGCAGGUGGCUCAUCCCUGUUCUGUUCUGGGGGAUUUGGUGCUCAUACCUGAGAUCCCACUGUCAUUAGAGAGAUAAACAGCUCUGUAGAGACUCAUGACUGUUUCUGCUGAAGCUCUAAUCUCUGUCGGUGUGUGUUUGUUUAUGUUUGUCUGUGUGUGUUUUGUUUGUUUGUGUGUUUCAGACGAGUUUCUGGGUGGUUCGAGAGAUCCUCCACGCUCAGACGUUGAAAAUUAGAGCAGAAGUCCUCAGUCUGUACAUCCGUACUGCAAAGGUAUAAACACACACACACACACACACACAGAAACACAUUUUAUUAUUUGACUGACUCUUACCUUUAAUCUGUAGUGUGUUCCUGAGGUAAAAGAAGGGGAAAGUAAUUGACCAAAUGAACACAAACAAAAAGUUUUUGUAGUUUUAAAGAUAUUUAUAGAUUAUUGUACUAAAAGCUGCUGUGAAAAAGUAUUCUGUUGUGUUGUGUUUUUUUUUGGAGAGGGAAGAGCAGGGAGCGGAGCAGGAGGAGGCCGAUGUGCAAAUCUGCAUGUGCCUGAAAAGCUAAGGGACAGAAUAAACACAACCUCAGAGAGGCUGGAGAGAUCACAAGUUUACAGUUUUAACUCGCUUGUCUGUGUGCCAUGUAGAUGUCAAACCACGAGCAACUGUGUUUAAUAUAUAUGAUCCAAAUAUUAAUCAAAAUAACAGUGAAUAUGGUUUUUGCUCUCAUCAAGCAGCCCUAUAAGAAGUGCUCUGAUGCCCUCUUUUAACAGCUACAUGUGAUUGUUUCCUGUUGAUAAUGUAAAGAGAGGUUGGCUCCUCUGUAUGUUGUCAGUCAUUUAUUCUCUUGCAGUGGUUUCAGGCAUUCAAAAAUGACCGAACAGAAGUUUUAGAAAUCUUGUUUCUGACAGUCUUGUUUUGUUGUCGACAUCAGAAUCAUUUUCAGUCCAUUUCACAUGCAGAUAAAACCUCCUUUUAAAAGGCGGAGACCUAAACAUUCAGCAAAUUCAUUCAUAUACAGCUCUUGUUUUUUUUCCCUCUCAUUGUUAACUUAAUGUGUAUCUAUAUUUUUUGUAUGUAACAGGCGUUUUUCUCCCCCUCUCUCUCUCUCUCUCUCUCUGUCCUCUCAGAAACUGUGUGACAGUAACAACCUGCACGCUGUUAUGGCGGUUGUGUCAGCGCUGCAGAGCGCUCCCAUCUUCAGGCUCACCAAAACCUGGGCGGUGAGUAUCUGUCUGUUAGUGACACACAGAUCUGCAUAAUAACUCUGUACACACUCCUUUUUCAUGUUAAUUUCUUUUUUUUCCCCCCUUCUGUUGUUUUGCUUCAGCUGCUAAGCCGGAAAGACAAGGCGACCUUUGACCGACUCGACUACCUGAUGUCCAAAGAAGACAACUACAAACGGUUGAGAGACUUCAUCAGCAGCCAGAGCAUGGUGUCCUGUAUCCCCUACCUAGGUACACACACACACACACACACACACACACACACAGAGUUACAUUUUACAUUUGCAGUCUGCUUCUUAUCUUUACGGUGUGUUUAUGAGCCGGAUGUUCCCGUGUGUGAAAGUCUGGUUUCAUUAUCUCUUCAUUCGUCACUCUCUUUCUCUCUCAGUUUACUGCCUCAUGUCUCGCUGUGUGUUUCUGGAUGAUCUGUUUCCUCUCCGUUUGUAUCUUUCUGGGUAAAAUACUGCAACACAAUAAAUCAUCUCUCGAUUUUAAUGGUCACACUGGUAUACAGAACACAGCUCACUUAUGAAAUGAAACAAGAUGUGAGAAGAAAGUUAUAUGGACUGGGAUUUACAGUUUCUUGGCUGUUGCACCGGCUGACUGCCACGUUAUUUGCUGAUAGUCAGAUAUCUGUAAUAAGCAGAGUGUCAUCAGACUCUCAUACCUGAUGUUGUGCAGCUGCAUCCAAAACCCCCUAAGUUAUCUGUUAUAAUCUAGAGUGACAUAUAUGGUGGUGUCUCAGUAGCUGUGUUUUCUAGGUAUCUGACAAUCCCGUCUGCCCUUGUGCAGUGUGUGAAGCUCCUCCCCGGUACUCUGUGAUUUAGAGCUGAUAGAGAACAAAGUGACCAGGUGAUGGUCUCUCUUUGCUCUUUGUCUGUCCAUCUACAGCUGACAGGAGGAUUUCAGUCGACUAAAAAGUUAAAUUUCGCAGCGGCUGCACUCACUGAGAGAAGCUGUGAUUUCAUUUUCAGAGUCUGUUUCUAAUCACAGAGUGUGUGUUUGUUUACUGACUGUGUGUGUGUGAUUGUCCCCCUGUAAACACUGAGGUUGACUUUGUGUAAAGUUGUGGGUCCGUCGUGUUGCGGUGACGUCAGACGGCAGAGACUCUGUGAUGUAACAGUAUCAUGCUUGCUCUGCACGUGUGUGUUUGGAUUUACUGCAGCUCUGUUUGUUCCUGUUGUGUCUUCACAACGUCUGGAUGAUGUUUUUAUAUCGCAGAUAAUGAGCUUCAGACGCUGUGUUAGAUACAAACACACAAAAACACGGAAACACAGUCUGUUUGUCAUUAAAGGAGCAUUUCUUUUUUGUCUGGAUGUGAUGAGACGAACGAGGAGCUGAGAGAGUGAGGUGACCGAGGACGAAGGCUGAGUUUGAGCUGAUGGUCAUCUGUCAUUGGUGGGCAAAGUCUCUUUUUUUAGUUUUUGGUCUCAGUGUGUGAUGGUGUUUCCUCACUGCCCAUCUUUGUUAUAUAUGUGUGUGUGUGUGUGUGUGUGUGUUUGUGAUAAUCAGCUGUCCUUGGACCUGUAACUAAUCAUUGUGGACACACGAGGGGGAGAAUCUCUGUGGAUCGCAGCUCUCCCUCAAAGAAAAUGGGGUGGGGGGAUGGCCAUGUGAAAUCUGUUUUUAAUCAGUUUUUCCAGAUUAUUAUUUUUUUCAUUCAUAAUGUUUUUUUUUUCCAUUUUUAUUGUCCUAAGCUUGACCACGUUUUUUCGCUUGAGGAGUUUGCAAUCAUGAGGUGGAUGAAUAAAACUUAAGCAACUCAUCUGAACAUCAUUUUAUAUGAAUGAAUAUUAACUAUUAUUAAACAAAACAAAAGAGAAGUGCUCCUUUUUAAAAUUAAGUGUUCAACAAAUGUCUUGCAAGUAGAUUAAGAAAAAGAUCCUUCUUUUAGUGAAAUACAGAACCUCACACGAGUUUUACAAGAAAAAUCAAUGACUGAAGUGCUCCAUUCACUGCCUAAACACUGGGGAUAAAGUGUCUGAUUGAGGCCACUCUUAAGAAUAAAACCCUCCAUCAGUUUUCAUGCAGUUCAGUCUGUAUGAGAGGAAAGCAGACAAGUGGACAAGAGCUGCUUAGCACAAAAAACCUCUGUCGCUAUCUGUUCAUAUAAGUGAGGCUUCCACAUUUUUGCAAAUCUCGGCAUAUCACAGUUGAUUUUAUUGUCGUUGCUUAAUUCUGUGAUUUCUGAGAAGGUUUUUGUGUCCUGGAAAACGAUAGGGCUGUGGAGAGAGGAUAAACAAGUGAGAAUUUGAGUGUCUGUGUUCAUUUCCCUCUCAAACAAACUCCACUUUCAGACACUCUGUGUUUUUAGAGGAACACGCUUGAUUUUUGACGAGAAACUUUUUUUUUUUAAGUUGAAGUCAGAAACGAGAAAAAUGUCACAAAGUUCCUGUUGUGAUCUAGACCCACAGAGGGGUACUGAUACCUGUUUAUGUGUGUGUUUGGUUUCAUUAUGCAGCUUCUGUGUGUGUAUGUGUGAUAAUGUGAGGUGAUCACAGAGCGCCUGUGUCGUUUCCACAAUGAACGUCUGUGUGACUGUGACCUUUGACCUCCUGCCCCCCAAAUCACAGAGAGGGUUUGUUACACACAUCAGCUACUUCCUGUUCAACAGCCAAUCAGCAGGGACAAAGAGCCCUCAGAAACACACUGCUCAACAGUAGCCAGAUACAUGCACACACAUAUACUCUAAAACAAGCUCGGUAGACGCACACACAUAUUUAGACACAAAAUGAACAUGACACAAAAACAUAACUGAUGCACACAAAAAAAACUGUUUUACCAAAUAGAAACACUAAAUUACAAAAAAGAGCAACACAAUAAAAUUCAAAGAAAUAAGGUAAAACGCAAUACCUGACACAAAAGAUUUGAAAAACAUAAAACACACAUACAUCAACAACAAAUAUACAGACAGACCCACAAGAACAUACAUACAGAAAAAAACACUCAUUUCUAAAGAAGACUACAGAUACAGAUACACACUCAUAAAAACACACAGACAAAGGUCACACCACCACACCAAUAAAACACGUUCACUCAGAAAGAGAUGCACCAAAAAUUAAGUUACUGACAGAAAGCAGAAAAAAACAUGCCAAAAAGAAUGGUGCAUAGACUGACAACACUUACUGUGCAAAAAAAUUUGCAGACAAACACCCUUGAAAACACAAAACACACAUAAUAAAUUCAAAUAGACACACCAAGAAAGAAAGUUGCACAUAUAAAAGCACCAAAAAUGACACAAUAGCCCCCCCCAUCUUAACUUAUAAGUAAAAAGAAAAACACAAAAAACAAACUUAAAACAUGCAUAAAAAAUGUCUUUUGCAUAAAACACAAAGAGCAGAUAUACACACAGAAAACACACAUUUAUACAUAGUUUUUGCAGAAACUGACAUAUAAAAAUAUGAAACACCAGUAAUACUUAUGCACACUCCAAAAAUAUUUACCUGGACAAAAAAAAAAGUCAUGAAAACAUGAGACUAACACGAAAAACAAAUUCACCAACAAACAGCACACAAAAAAACGUAAACAUAUACAAACAAAAGACAUCCAUUUACAUACAAAUGCACAAAGAACACAUAUUUUGGCAGGAGAUUUUGCAGAUACUUAACUGCAAAAACACAAAACACAAGCUAACAUUUCACAUGCACACUUGGAGUGCACACUUACAAAAUAACAUCCAAGCAUGGACAAAAAACACACCAUUACACACCUUUUCAACCUGUGUCACUUUGACUGUAGCAGCCACAAAAAGUGAUCUUCAUCAUCCUUAUCAUCCUCCCCAUCAAGCCCUUAUCAGAGGGAACUCCCUCUGUUAUCUUCUGCUUUUUAGCUCAGAUCUCUCUUAGUAAUAAAUCCUCAAACUAUUUCAGCUCUCUGAUUUAAAGCCUGACAGAAGUUUGGAGAUUCUUCAAAUAUCAGCUGAUUUUGUCUGUAGAGGUUAAAUCAGGUCUGACUGAAACAGGACCAAGCACUGAAACGGGAUCUCUGUAAAUAAAAGGGUUAUUACUACACUUUUUAACUAAUAACUCACUUUUUACUUGCAUGUCACACAAUCAUAAAAAGUUAUCUCAUGCAUUUUUUGUUAACAUCCCCAGCUGACACUGUUGUAUACAACACAUUACUGUUGAGUUUACAAGAUGAGCUGUAAAAUAGAAUAGUUUGAAGUAGCGACUUAUGAUAAAAUCUGCUUGCUUUGUGAGACUGCUCACUUUCUAGUGACAAACUUCUUGUGUUUUCACAACAUUCAAGGGUUUUUUCACAGAGAAGGUUGGUGUAUGUUCAGAGACUGAUCCAAUCUUUCACAAAAGCCACGAUCAUCUGUGAGAGUGUUUAUAUGUUUAAUCAAAUAGUGUUGUUGUGUUGUGAGCUGACGAUGCUAGACAGAGGCUACCAUAUUUGUUUUGGUCUGUCGUCCAAUCAGAGGCUGUAUGUACAAUCAGCUGACCCGUAAAGGUCCAGUCAGAGGCAAGGCCAGCCUGGGACACAGGUCAAAGUCUACUCUCUGUAUAUAGUUAUUUCUAACAGAUACAAGUCUCAUGUACAGAGGUGAUGCAUCAUGCAGAUAGCCCGGGUUUAAUUCCAGCCUGAGACCUCUCUCCCACACGUCCCUGUCCAAUCUCUCUCCUCAUUUCCUGCUCUGUCCACUGUUAAGAUAAGGAUAUGAUGAGCCUGAAAAAUUGAAUGAUGUUCAGUUUUGUGGUUUAUCCACAUCAGCAUCUUGUGACUGAAACUCUUUUAGAGAAAACAUUUUCUUGCAAAAUGUUUGUUUACUUUCAGACAUUUUGAUGCGUCUUGCAUUUAGGUUGCUUUAAAGCCUGUAUGGUUGAACUAGGCUUAUAUUUUGAAAUUUACAUCUUUGCUACAAAGAUGCUACAGCUAGCCCACUCGGAGCUGCUUUUUUUCCUAGUCUCCUUUGUUUUUAUAUGUGUGGGACCAUCUUAAAGGACACUGCUAUGCUAAUUUUGCACAAUUUCAAUAUUCAUUAUUUGUCUUAAAAGGUUAAAAUUGCCUUUAAAAAGAAGGGGUCAUCUUGUAACCAGGGUUACUUAUUUUCAGGUCAUAAUGGUAAUUUCUUAUCGUUUGAGGUCAUAUUAGAUUUAAAAAAAAAACAGGCUGCACCACAGAUGAGUAAAAUCCUGCUAUGACAGAGUAGAAAGAACAACCUGAGACAUGAGACUGAGAGGAUACACAUGUACUCUGCGUGUUUGUGUGGGUGUGAGAGAGAGAGAGAGAGAGAGAAACUUACAGCUCCUCAGAGACAGACGUCAGCACAGCAGUCAUCAUUCACAGGUCUUUGCUUUAGGAAAAGCAAGGAAAGAAAAGUUCAGUUUCUGUGGAAGGAAUGUUCUUCAGUCUGUCUCACCUUCACAUCUUCGCUGUUACUACAUUACACACCGAAUUCUUUGACAGCAGCAUCAUUAAAAGCCCUCUGAGUUAUCUGUGUCUGAUAACAUCCCAUCAGCUCUCACUGUUUCUUACCUCCUCUAAAAUCAAGAUCCAUGUGAUUUUAAUUUUUCUCUCACUUCAUUUUUAUUCUUUAUAAUCCCUCUGGCUUCAGAGCUGCACAGCUGCUGUUUCACUUCCAUCAGAUAAAAGAAAAAUGUCGUAUAUCAGAUUACUGCUGAUCAUUUACACAGGUGGAAGCUCAUAUUUUACACGCUGAAAUAUUUCAGCUUCAACAUCCAUAAAUCUGUCGGGCUCACAUUUUAAACUCUCCUUAAUAUGAAGCUGAGUCAGACACAGUUCAUGUUUAUAAAAGGAUUUAAUUUGACUUGGAUGGAAACAGGAUUCCUGCGUGUGCAUGUGUGUUUGUGUGUGUCUACAUAGAUUAAAACAUAAUGAGACUAUAUGAUAAGAUAGUUACUAUAAAUACACAGAUAAAUAACAAAGAAUGGCAGAGUGAAAACACUGGACAUUUAGCCUGAGUAGAAUCACACCUUCUUAAAUUACCUUCACACUUAAAGCCAAAGAUAUUUACACACCACAGCUCAGCCUCAUGCACGUCAGACACACUCGUUUUCUCACUAGAGACUGAAAAUAAGAAGUGGACCUCACCCACUGGCUCAUUCUGCUAAUUUAAAACCAUGAGUUUUGCAGUUGGUCGUUGUCUUGUUGUUUUGGGCCAAAAUCUGAUGAAAUUCAACAAAAGGUUCAUUGUUCUGUCUCGGUUGACAGGCUUCUAUGGUAUUGACGCGUCAAUCACAGGUAGCCCCGCCUCAACAGUCCCUCAUGUUAUACUGUUUUUGACCCUUAAAAAACCCUGAUGUUUGCAAAAAGCGUUACGUGUGUUCAUUUUUCCUACAAAGCUCAACAUUAACAUGGGGCUCUAUGGAGGACCGACUCACUACAGGAGACCGCCUCUACAGGACACUCAGGGAACUGCAGUUUUUUGCACCUCUGCAAUUUUAUGCAUCUAUCCUGAUUGUCAAGUUGUUGUGGUAGCAACCUGUCAAUCACACCCAAAAACUACAGCCUGGGCCCUUUAAAAUACUUUUCAAAAAAACAUAUUUUCACUUUUUUAACAGCUGAUGCAAAUAAUUACACAGCACAUCGGCUGAUGGCCAAUAUUUAACGCAAGUUUUUUUUGUAUUGGAUAAUAUGGAACAGUUAAUAUUUUAUGUUUUAGGUGGAUUUCUGAUUAGUUUAUGAGAAACAAAAAAAACAUAUCAAAAAUUUAUCUGUAACAGUUUGAUUUGAUUUACUGCCAUUUGUGAUAGAAACAACAAAGCUACCUUGAAAAACGUGUUAUUAGCCUCCAGUGGAGACUUGAAGAACUGCAUCUUUUCACUCUGCAUUGGCUUUCUAUUUCAACCUUGGAGGUUGAAGCUUAGUGGGGAUUUUUUUUUUUCCUGGUUUUUAUGCUCAAACCAGGUACCCCCCCUAAAUCCUCUCCUACUUUCUAUACUUUCUAGUCUGUUAGAGAAAAUAUUUACUGAGGGUUUAAAUCAGCUGAGAAUUUGGACUUUUUAUUCAGAGACUCCCAUGCAAUCUGUUGCCUCCUGCUGGACCUGAAUGACUUCAGCUUUAAGGCACUUCUCUACAUUGGCUUAACUUUCUAAACCAAGAGGUCACGUCCACUUCUUAUAAAUGGUCUGUGAGUUAUAGAGUCCAUUUAGCAUCCAGUCAAAGUCUGUAAGUCCAGACACUCCAAUAAAAACACAAAACACAGGGUAACCUGUAAUGUUAUAACUGGAAACAACUUGAAGUCACAUCAUUAUAAGGCUACCACAGUCAAACAUCCCAGUAAACCCAGCACACCCAGUAUCCUCAGGUAUAAAUAGUCACAAUUAGCUGCUCAGAAGAAAUCUCUUGUUUUCCCUUUAUUGCAAAAAGAGUGGGUAACAUACAGCACAUAGAGGGAUACUUGAUAGUUCCAGGAAGCUGGAUGGACCAGUCGUGGUCAGACUGGGAGGAAGAGGAGUUCCUGUCUUCAUCUAAAGUAAGUAGGAAGUUUCCACCACCAAGAAUAAAACUGUGAUGGAGUUAUAUUCUCUGGCCUCAAACUUUGCCAUCGGUCCCUCCAUCAUGUCAAAAAAGUGGUCCUGGUUCAGCCUUUACUGAGAAUCAGUCAGAUAGAAGGAAGGAAACAAGGAGUGUCUGAAGGAUCCUCAAUCUGAGAGAUCAGUCGAUGGGUCGGAUCAUGAGUCUGACUGACUUCAGGGAGUAGAAACCACCUCCAUACUCGGCCCAGAAGAUUCCAUCCUGGAACUUACUCCGGUAGACCCCGCCACUGUACCAGACGCCAUUCAGGUUGGUCUGCCCACAGGCGUUGUACCACCAGCCGCCUUUAUGGAAGUGAGCGCAGUUUCCUUAAAGAGACAGGUAAAAGGAGGGUCAGUCUAUUGCUUAGAACAGAAAUAAAGAUGCUUUAAGAUCCCAUCCCCUCAGCCAGCCUGUCUUACCAGAGAAACUGUCCUUGUCACGGUCUAGUGUGGUAAACUGUUUGCCGUUGUGGCUGCUGAGCGAGUCGCCAGCAUUGCCCUGGUAGGUGCCGAGUCUGAGCCGGUAGCCCUCGCUCUCCGACUCCAGGCGGAAGCUGCUGUACUCAGCAUACACCUUCUUCCCCGUCCAGUCCUCCAGCUCCACCAUCAGCUUAUAGUCGCCCUGUUUCCCCAGGUUGUAGAUGUUGACCAGCCCCAGCCAGUGUUCACCGUUUAUGUUCCCGAAUCCUCUCUGUAGAGAACCACAAAGCGUUAUCUGUUAUUCAUACAGGUCUAUCUGUUAGUCAUCUGCAGCUGUGGUUGAAGUUCAAACACCAGAACAGCAACAUAGGGGAUUAAUCUGAGUCAGUCAUCUCUGUGGGUUUGCUAACUUCCUUCUCUGUGGUCACUGAAGUCAUGUCCAAGAAACACAAGCAGUGAGGACGAGUGAAAUGAAUCAAAUCUGCUCCCUGUGGGACAAUAAUGAGUGAGGGGUUCAUAGUUUCUCACUCUUGAUGAAUGAGCUGACUGUCGGGAUAAGGGUUUUACCAAUUUUGCAUCAGUUGGAUAAGGAGUUCAAUAAAAUCUGAGCUACACGGACACAUUUCUGUUCCUGCUCCAAACUAAAAAGAUGAAAUUCUAGUUUGACUCAGUGACAGAGAGGAAAACUCCCGCACUGGUCUUGUUAAUUUUUUACAGAGAAAAGCAGUUGUAUUAGUCAGGCUGUAAAUCUGUCAUCUUGAGCUUUUGGCUUUAAUGAACUGUGUGUAACUCUGGAUCACAUAUCAGAGGCUGACACAUGGAGGAGAGGAUGGAGGGACUGUAGAGGUUGAAGAUAUUGUGGUUUUUUGUGGUGCCUUUUGCACUAAACAGCCUGGUUAAUUUUGGUAUGAUAAGCUUUCACUUCCACUUUCAUUGCUGAACGUUGGAAAAGAUACCCAACCUGUACCACCCUACUCUUUUGACACCUUUCUGUUGGGGUUUCAUGAAGAGCAUAGUAGAGUAUAGUGAAUGAGGUGCUCUCUCUUUUCCCUGAAAGCAGAGCAUAUGCUCUGACCUUCCCUUCAAACAGCUUUUACUUUCACUUCACCAUCCUGAUCUCAGGUUAGUGUGCAGUAAUGUGUGGAAGUGCGAGGAAGUCGCCAACAUGAGUGUGAGCAGCUUCUUUACAGUUCACCCCAUUUUUGAAUAAAAAGCUAUGAAAUUGUGUUUUCACCAAAAUAACUGACCUGGAUACAAACUCAGAAUAAAAUCAUUUUGUGAGAACAAGAGGAACCUUUUAACAGUAAAAAAAAAAGGUCAGGCAUUUAUUUUGAAAUGCAUUGUGGGAGUGCCACCAUGGUAUAUUUUUCAUGCUUGUGAGAUAGCUGAUACAGUGUAGUUAUGGCGCUCAGUUUGUUAUUCUCUCAUUUUGGUCUUUUGGUGGGAGAUCUGAGUUGCUCAUGGAAAAUAAAAAUCAGGUGAGAUGUGCUGCUCAUGCUGCCAGUCUGAUAUUCAAAUAUUCACAUCAAAAAAAGCAGCUGUUCUGUAGCUGUCAAGCAGCCAACACUCUUACUGCAUUGAGUGCCAGGGUAGGGUACAGUCUGCAGUGAAAGCACAAGUAAAGAUCAAAGUUAAGUGUACAAAGCGGUACCAUAAUUCACUGGACCAAAUCGGACUGCUUGGUGGAAAUACAUCUUUGAACCCUACAGCGGCCAGAAUUUGAACCCUGACCUAGAUUCAGGUCUCUUUUCAGUACAGGAGUCUUACCUUGUAGUUCUCCCAGUUCCUGAAGAAGUUCACAGAUCCGUCUUUCCUCCGUUGUAACACUGUCCACCCUCCAUUGUCGAGGCCGUGGUCACACCAGGCCUGGAUCAGCUGAUCGCUGCCAUCCGUCUUUAGCAGGUACAUUCCGCUGGUGGUGUGUCCGGCCUGUCGCACCUGGUAACAGUCCCUGAAGGGGCCUAAAGGGAUGGAAAAAGGAAGUAACCAGACAGGAUGUUAACUUUGAGUGAGUAUACAGUUAAUAUCCUCUCCUGUUCGUAUAGACUCAUUCCUUAUAAAACCAUCCUCUGACUUAUUCACAGUCAUUUUUAUCCUUUUAACAAAUUUAUCAAACUGAACCUUGAACUAGAGAAUGUCUUAUUCUUAUACUGAAUGUUAAAGUCAUCUCCAUCAAAGGCUGAGUGAUGAGGGGGCGCCUGUUUGACCUCGUGUCUGAGGGAUGGAUCAUACUGUGGAAAAUCUCUCAGACCAUCCAGACAUCCAUCAGUCUGAGCUGAAAUCUGAUUAUUCCCAAAGAUUCACAACAGCUGAACCCAGAGCAGCUCACUUCCCUUGUUCCCUUGUCCACAUCUACAAACCAGUAUGAACACCAGCAUUGUGCGGGGCCCUCGGGGGCCUGAAGGUCCAUUGAGAUGGUUUUCUCAGCCGAGAGCAGGAGCACACACAGAUCCUGUACAGAUACUUAAAACCCCACAGCAGCAGGUUUUGUUUUUUUAGUAAUAACACAUUUUCAUCAGACGUGUCAGUGAGGGCUCUGAACCAUCUUUUUUUUCACUUUUCUGUCACUUUCUCGUCACUUUCUCUAAACAGAACUUUCAGGUUAAGGUGGAAAAAUAAACGAAGUCGUUACCUCAGGAUUUGAACAGGACUCAGACAGACCAAACUGUGGUCAGCUGAUGUGUGUUUAUUUUAGGGGUGACUCUCUGAAAGAGUGUGUCUGUUUGACUUAAGUCCUUCCAACUCUGACCUCCUGACAUGAACCCUAUGGAGCCGUUAUAAGUGACAUCAUCUCAGCUUGCCUCUGUCUGGUUUUCUAAAGGGACCUGUUACUUUCUGGAUGCUAGAUAAGUUCUGCUGUCUGUUUCCACCGUUAUCUACAUUUUAAACUAUGUGUUGGAUUCAUUCUUGCCUACCACACCCACUGAGCUUGGAGCGAAGCAUCCCACACACCAGUGUUGCUGACUAAGGCAAUCGACACAGGUGGACUCAAUCUUUUCCAGGCAGGACUCAUAUAAAGGAAAAGAGAAUCCAAUGCUCUGUUCCCUUCAUAAUUCAGAUCCUUUUCCCUCCUUUGCUGUUCAAGUGCACCCAGAGAGAGUUGUUUUCUGAUGUCCAAGUAUGACAAUCUGUUGUUUUUUGCUAAACUCAUUGGUAGCCUACUUUAAUUCAAGCAUUAUAAUCUCUAUGAGAGAAAUGAAUUUGACCAAUUAUGUUAUAUUUGUGUAAAAAUAUAGAAAACACCACUCAACAAGCAAAGGCACCACAAUUUAACAAAAUAAAAGUCCUUUAAAUUGAGUUUUCUGUCUUGCUCGCAGUUUAUUGCACAUUCUAUGUGAUAAAAGUAGAAAGAAGGCAGAAGCAAAUAAAACAGAACAAUUCAACAAAGAACUGGCAGCUCUUGUUGUCGUCCUGUUUCCUAUAUUAUUGGUUUCUGAAGUGACUGUUUAUGUUGGUUGCAGUCAAGCUACAGUUGCUGAUUGAGAAUCAGUUCAUUACCAAACAUGUCUUCUAGGGGUGGGAGAAAAAAUCGAUACAGCAUAGUAUCACAAUAUUUCGUAAAUAAGACAAAAAAAAAAGAAAAACAAAUACUAAAUUAGCUAAACAGUUGAAAAGUUGCAUAAAUUGCAAAAUAUUAUAUCCGAAUACUCACUGUAUUGCACAAUGUUAAAAAUCGCAAUAAUAUUGUAUUGUGGCCCAAGUAUCGUGAUAAUAUCGUAUCAUGGGGUCACUAGUGAUUCCCACCCCUAAUGUCUACCUCAACUGGUAGAUGUUGGUAUGCCCCCUUUCAGCUUGUUAUUACUGGGUCUACUUUUUGACCUGUUACGUCAUGUUCCGAGACAAUCAGCAAAAGCAUUGGCAAGAACCCGACAGGAUAUGUGCAAGACGAUUGAAACACAGAUAACUUUACAGCUGUGUAACUUUGGUACACACAGUGCGAUUGCUGCUCUUUCUACAAUGCAUUUAUGCUGCUCAACUUCUUUGUCAAACUGUGGAGCAUGCUCAGAUCGCCGAGACCAGUUUGAAUCUGAUUGAGAUGUAUACGUACAAGAGAAAAUCGAUCCUAAACUCAACAAUUUGCAUCCUCUAAGGAAGCAGUAAGACAUGAUUAAGAGCAUCUGAGCAUCCUACCCUGAAUCUGAUGUCAGAGGAGAAAAACAGCCUCCCAGUGAAAAUGCUCUGUUAGAGAGUUAACUUUUAUCAUUUGGCUCAUUGAUUCAACUCAGUUAUUUUCUCCAAUGGCAGCCAUUGAGAGUAAUGAUGUCUCUAAGGUUCAAAUAUCUGAUUUAAGCCUGGACGGAGAGCGUAUUUUUCACUUCAACAUUCCUCUGAGCAGAAAUACGUCACUAACUCAGAGACUCCCCUGCCGGUAUUAAAACAGAUCCUCUUUUAUUCCCCAUUUUGUCAGAGAGAUACGAUGAAUGAUUGCCUCCAUUUCACCGUCUGGUUGUGUAACCCCUGUCAGCAUUCCCCGCCACGCUCUAAUCAGCAGCCAUAAUACAACAGCUCUAACCAGGAGACAUUUCCAAGUAGCAUCCAGCUUCACUAAUCGCUUUCAUACUGGAGAUGAUGGUCCUCAGAUGUCAGGAAUCACAGCCCAGUCUGAACCACUUCUGGGGUUUAAUCUGAUAUGAUUGUUUACAAGUCCUUCUACAAGUCGAUGAACUUGUCCAUCAGAUGUUAAAGGCGAGCUGCUUUGCCUCUUCACAUCUUCAUUGACCAGAUUUAAAGUCACUAAACCCUUUCAGUACACUCUCAUCCCCUUUUCUUCAAAGUCUUUGUAAAGUUGUUCAGAGCGGUCUAAUCCAAAGCUGCUAAUUUACCACACAUGCUUAGAGCUGCAGCCAGCACAGGCGGCCAAGUGGGAAUCAGAGGAAUGUAUGACUUCACUGCUGCCGCUGCCGGAGAGCAGACGAGCCUCAGUCCUACCAGCAGUUAUUCAGGGUGACUGAACGGCAGUGAUCGUGACAAGAAUUAAUGAGAAAAAGGACCGAGGGACAUUUUGUCUCUGCUCAUCUGUUUGGAUCACUGUUUGUUUGAGAUGUAGCUGUAUUGUCAAUUUCACGAUAUUCUGAGAACCACUGUGUACUCAUACCGGUGGUCCUGUCACAGUAUGAAAUGAUUGAUCGUCCAGGGUAAAAGUGUAGUUUUCUUUUAGCCACAAUGGAUCAGCGAUCAGGGACUACAGAAUCCACUGUCCCAUUUGUGCCUCUGACCUUGUUCAUAAAUAUCUGGAUUAGCAGGUGUCCUGAUACAACUUUGACUUACAAUACAAUACUGAUAUUGUAGCCUUCAAUAUUGACCAGUAUCAAUAUUGAUCCGAUACUGGCACAAAAUUGUGCAUAACAAGAUUUUCACUCAGAUGCAAUGUCUUUUUUGGACUUAAAUAAGAAAUACUGCCACAAGGCCAACAUCACUCCUACUCCGUGCUACUUUGUUAGUAACUUUGUCCACACUGUUGCUCUGAUUUUGUGGGCUUACCUUGCUGGGCGCUGUUAGAUAGAGGUACCGGAGCGGAGUCUGGAAUGGACUGCUUGUAUCGGAGUGCUGAUAUCAGAGAUUUUAGAUGCAGGCCGAUAUAAUCCGAUAUUCGUUUUUUUGCUGAUAUCGGGCUGAUAUCUGAUAUCAAUAUCAUAUCGGGACACCCCUAAUCUGGGUUUUUGGCACAUCAGUUAGUGAUAAUAGAGGAAAAGAAGCAGAGCAGGGAUAGUGUCAACACUCUCACUUCUGUAAAACAGAGCAAGGUCACACGCUGCAUCUCUGAUUAAAUCCCCAAAACCUGCUGGCAUUUUUUGUGGUUCACAAAGGAUUUAAAAAGUUAAUAACCUACUGGAGUCAAUGUUGAAAUAUAGGCCAUUGAUUUUCCAUGUCUUUGUUUAUCCUAUUUUUUUAAAAAAAUUCUAAUACAUAUCAUACUCUGGACUUGCUGAAAUAAAUUUGCUGGCUGUUGGUUAAACUGUGCUGAGUCUGUUAAAAUCUGGUACGUACCGUCAGAAGUGAGUGUUCCCUGAGGUGGAGGGUUGAUCCCAAAGGGGCUCAUGGUCGGGGUGUCCAUGCGGGAUCCCCUGGUGAAGGCCCGAUUGUUGUUGUCCCUCUGUAUCUCAUUGGUGAACCGGUUGUUGACAGGUAAGUUCUGCGGCACUACUUGGACCAGUGGGGGGACGACAGGGAGGUCACCUCGCCCUAUAGUCCUCAGACACUGCUCCUCUAAGGCAGUGAUCAGGAUGGACUGGUUGUUGACCACCCCCGCCAUCGUGGCGAAGCGGCCCUCCAGCUCCUUGUACCUGGAGGCGAGCCUCAUCAUCUCGGAGGUCACGUUGAGGACGCGGUUCUCCAGCUGGGCCAGCUCCAGAGAGUUGUCCCUUUUCCGGAUGAUCUCAUGCAGCAGCUGCAUGUAGAGCUGUGUCACUCGAGAGUUCAUGUUCCUGCUUUCUUUCCGCAGCAGCUUCAUCUCGUUCACCAGGUUACCGUCCACAUCCACCACCAGCUGCAGCGUCUCAAUCUCACGCCGCUGCUUGUUCAGCACCUCCCUCACAUCUGCGAUAUCCAUGCGAGUCACUCUGUCCUUGUCGGGCUCAGGGCCUGUGGUGCUGGCACAGAUGGGACCUGUCGACAGAUGAGACUUUGUCAGGAAAUUGAGCAAAAGCUGUAUGGACUUCAGCCAAAGUGACAGAGUCAUGGUGGAUGAAUUUAUCAUGUGAGAGCAAAGUUUGAACCUGUGAUCCUCUGCUCAGGCACCAGGAAGGUGUAGGAGCACUUCUUAGCAUCAGCGUUGAGGGGGGCUCUCUUGCUCCUGUGCAGAGGAGCUCCUGCGGUCCUCCGGGCCUCCCUGGAGCUCCUGCAGGAACUUUGCCCCCAGAGGGAGAGACAGAGCAGGGCACACAGGCUCCACAUCAGUCCCUGCAUCGCCGCAGGCUGGUUGGAUGGAUUGAUGGACGGGUACUGGUGCUCCCUCUGAGUCCCCCCAGGCCUCCCUGUGAGAAAACACAAACUCUGAAACAGACAGCUCUUUGUGUACAGAAGCUAACAAAGGGGCAGGGAGGUGUUGAUUGUAUAUUUCAGAGGAAAUGAGUACCAGAUAUUUAAACAGAGGAGGGUUGGACACAGUUACUCAGAUAUUCAGUGGAUCAGUGUGUCCAGUCAGCUGAAAGCUCUUUGUGUUGGCUGUUUGGAAAGACUCAAUGAGAGAAAAAUGUGACUGUUCAGCCCGAGGACGAGGUCUGCUUUCUGUCUGAGUUAGUUCCCCCACCGUCGGACGCCACAUUUUUCUGAGAUCUUGCUCCCUCUUAAAAGAUAACUGCUUCAUAGCUGCAGGCUGUGUUGAAUCUUUCACACCUCCUCUUUACUCUCGGUAUAUCCUCUUCACUCCAAGAAUAACAUGAUUUAUUUCCCAUCCUCAUAUCUCCACAGUGUGAACCUAAAAGUCUAUUUCUGCUUGGGAACUAUUCCAAUAACUCUCAAGAAAAGACAGUUUAGCAUGUCGACAUCGAGGAAAGUGUCUUGAAGUUUUACGGACGUCAGUGUCAUUUAGACAGCCAGCAAAAUUCCAGAUAAGCAAAGAUUUAACAGCCCAGCAACUGGAUGAACAAAUGGUCCCAUCAAACUCAUAUAAAGUCUCAGCAUUGAUCGACAUCACAAGCUUCAAAAUGCACAAUUAUUUGAAGUCCGUAACACUCGCCUGUGUCACAGUUUUGGCCAGAUGCACCAGUGCAUCAUCUCUUAAUCUUAAACAAUGCUAGCAGUAAGCUGUUUAGGAUGAUGAUCAAGGUAUUUAAUUAUCUCUCCGUAAUAAAUCUGUUGUGUGGGAUUAUUUUGGAUUGUGGAAGAGACAGGUCAACAGUGUUUUUAUACAAUAAAUUACAAAAGAAACACAACAAAACAGGGGUUAGAUCAUGCAACUGGUGCAGACGUGAAAAAGUGAUUCCUAUCUGGAUUCAUGAGGCAUUAAAGAAGUUUCACUUUUCAGAAGAGAGCAGUGAAGAUGUCUGUUUAUUUACAUGCAGUAAUUAUAGAACUGUUAGCUGUCUUCUUGGUGUAGGUCUCUUCAGAUUGCUUUGUCCACCAGCAUCCUGUGGCUAAACCUUUGCUGUGUGUUUCUGAUGAUCAUGCCCCCCUUAAGUAAGACAGAAUCAGGACUUAUUCUGAUAGGGCCUAUUGCAGGAUGAAUUAAAUGUGUUGCUCGUGGCUUCAAAUAUUCAGCGAGAAUAAAGAAGAGGAAGUUGAGUAGUGAGGUGACUCUGCAAAAGCUGAACAGUCUGCACUGUUUCUCUCUUAUCCCUGAUGUAUGGGCUUUCUGCUCCUCAUCAGCGGUCUCUGGUCUAUGCAGCGCCAAACCAGUCUACACUCCUAAUCUACUGCAUAACAUCCCAGUCAUUCUGUACUCAGAGCCACAUCAUUAAGUCCUGCCCCCACCCUGAAAUUCAGCCCUGAGUGUCUCUGUAUGACGUUAUUGUGGUUCUUCAGGAAUUCUGGUCGUCGUGGCCCUUGGAGCAGGCCAAUGGGCGGCAGGAUUUCAGCUCAAGUGUGUGUGUGUUUAUGUAUGUAUGUGUGUGGGUGGAUGUGUGUGUAUUCGUUCUCUGUAAUUGAAUUCUGCAUGACCAUCCAGAGACCCUUUUCAUUCUCAUGCUGCCAUGUUUUUACAUAACCUGGAUCUGUCUCCUCACUGACCUCAGUGUGAGCUGCUGAUGACUUUAGCAGCAGCGUCAGCACCAUCACUGAACUCUGUCUGAUUGCUGCUGUGUCUGGAGGCUUCAGAGAGCCCGUACUCCCCCCCGGCACAAACAGGACAGGAAACAAUCCAGCUCGUACAUCAGCUGGCAAAUCCUUCAUCUCCAUCACUUUCCUGCCCCCCUGUCUCUCUUUCCUCUACUCUGGAGCCAGGUUUCCUCCUGGGUGGGGGUAAUUUGGAGCCUGCUGUCCUCCUGUGGGGGUGAUUUGAAUCCAGAGUUUUUCUUUCCUCUGAAGCUAUGUCUCCUCUUUGGUGGGAACUCUUCUGGUACAAAGUUUCAAGGUUGACGGUAGUACCUUUUGAGCCCAGUUUGCUUUUAGGCAGGGGUUCUUGUGCAUCUUGACAUUUGUAUCUUUGAGCAUGUUUCAACCUUCAUGGGGGCUCCUGUUGAGCAAGGCUUCAUCCUGAGUAAGGUCUAGAAGUGCCAAGGUUUUCCAUUGGGAGGGAAUUCUUUUGGAUCAAGGUGUCUUCCUACACAGGGGACUUUUGAAGCAGAGUUUUCCUUUUAGGUGAGGGCUCUUCUAGGGGCAGAUUGACUCUUUGACGGGGGUUGAAGAGCUGUGGUUUAAGGGUGUUUUUUUUUUACAAGAACAAGGUUUCCCAGUGAUUAGUGGUUGUUCGAAUCAAGGUCACUCCUCCUUGGUCAGGUUUUUCAGACUUUGUUUUUGGAUUUCUGACUGAGUGGAGGUUACUGUGAGGCUUGGUCUUCAGCUGCUUUGAAGCCAUAUGCUGCGUUCCAGUUGUACUCGGAAGUCGGGAUUUCCGGAACGCCCCCCUGAAGUCGGAUUUCCGACUCAGACCAUCCUCACCAACCCUGACUUGACGAUAUCAUAAUCCAAGAUGGCAGCGCAGUGCAGUGCAAAGAGUAACAGUGAAAGCUCUCGUAAUGUAUUAUUUAUUAGCACUUCUGUUUUUGUGAAAUUAAAUAAGUGAUAUAGGUUGUGCUGCCCAACGUCUAACUGUGGACAUGGUGCUAAGGUGUUUGUAAGAGUAAAAUACUGUGUUAUGUGUUGUUUACAACUGCGAACAGCAACUAACAACAGCUUUCAACAGUUAAAAACAACUGACAAUGGCGAACAACGGGUGACAAUUGUUCACAACCGCCAACAGUAGGCGUCCUUCUUGAUUUUCCGACUUGUUUACUGGAACACCGCCAACUUGGGUAUAAUGUCAUUCCCAGCUUCGACUUCUGAGGUAACUGGAACCCAGCAAUAAUUCCUUACAAUGUUACAAUGUCAUUUAGCUGACACUUUUUUUCAAAGUGAUGUACAUUUGAGAGCAGGAACAACACAACACAGGAUCGGUAAGAGCAACAAAGUGCUUCAAGUCCUCUUGUUUAUAAGGGAUUGUAAAGUGCUGUCAUGGGGUGCUGGUGGAGCAAACUCUUGUACGGGUGAGGUUGGUUUUCCCCUGGGUUGAACUUGCUCUUGAACCUCAGGUCAUGCUACAAAGCAGGAUUUGCAGGGUUAACGUCAAGGUCACUUCAGGGUUAACUUUGGGUUUUCAGCACUAUAAAGGAGGUUCACUUAUUAUUAAAGCAGGUUAAAGAAUGAAAUAUCAAUGAAAGUUACCGAUUGUGCUCUCCUGAUGGGAUUCUAUAACAGAGACUCAAAGUAGUUAACACCAGAGAUGUUAGAUGCUGACAGCAAACUUAUUCCCGUCUGUGAUCAGUUCAUGAGACUGCACCCACAGUAACUCUCGGUCCUCUGUCAGGGUUGUUAAAGCUGGAUAAGUAAAAGAUGACUGAGCGCUAUGUUGAGCACGCUUCAGAGUAUCAGCCCCAGGUUUCCUCUUUGGUUGGGAUCCUUGUGAAUCAAGGUUUGAUCUUGGGAGGGGGAUUUCUGGAGUGCGAUUUUUCCUUUAGGUGGAGGCUCUCCUUGCACCACCAAAGAGCCAGAGUCAGCCCUGGGUUAAUGUUUUGCUUGGUAGGCUGCUUACUUGAGCAGGGUUUCCUCUUGGGUCAGGGUUCUAGUGGGUCAUAGUUGCUCCCUUGGUGGUGGUUUUCUAUGCCUGGAUUCCCCCUUUGUAACUCCAGAUUUUGGAUGGAGGUAGGGUUAUUUAUGAGCUUGAAUUUGUGCCAGUUUGAAGCAUUUUUGAAACCAAUCAGGGAAACCUAAACCUGUACAGUGGUGUAUAGCACUCCAUGGGGGCCAUAGUUUUUAGUUGGAGUACCGUUUAUUCAGGAGCUUGGAUUCUGGUCAGCUGGGAGCUCUUCUGUAGCCUAAGUUUAUGGUGCCUGCAAGAGCUCGGACUACAGCUUGGACUAACUUAAGGAGGAGAAGCAUGCCGCAGUGCAAAUUCAAAGACAUAUGCAAGUCUGAAAACACAAAGAUGGAAACACUACUAAUGAAAAUAACGCUAAAACAGCUGUGUCAAUAUGCAAAAAGACUAACAAUGCAAAGCCAGAAAAUGCACAGACCUAAAAAACAACAAGCAAGAAAUAGAAUAGAAAAUCUUGAUUGUAUAAAAUUGGACGCAAUCCUAUUAGAUGCUAAUGGUUGAGGGCAAACAGUAAUAAAAAUACAUAAACAAAUAAAUGAAUCCCAGACUAACUCACAGAAUAUCAAAACUAACCAAACAAAUGUGUUGAAGGAAGAGGACAGAUUCCCGAAAAAGACAACAACCAUAUUUCAAGGGCAGUUCCUACAACCCGUUGCUACACAUUCACAGUUCAGUUGUUUUAUAUUGCACAGUUCAAGUUUUGGCAGUGCAUUGAGUGCAGUUAUGGCUUCAGGAUAAAAACAGUUUCUCAGUCUGUUUGUUCCUGUUUUUAUCCUCCUGAAACGUCUGUUCGAAGGCAUGAAAUCAGGACUUUAAAACAGAAGUGCUCAAGGCCUGCAGGGGAGCCAAGUGACACAGGUUAUUGUUGACAAGACAGAGACGAAAAGCAGACAGUCAAUUGAUGGUUUAGAUGGAAAAGUUGCACAGUUUGAUAUCAGGGGGUAAUGAUGUCAUUCCUGCAGUCAGGAGAGUCUGACUUGGACUCUAAGGGAGAGAAGUGAGUGAUAUCAGGCAUCAAUUUUCCUCGUCUCAGGAGACUGUUUUAUUUUGGUGGUUCUUUUGUGUUUUGUUUUUUUUCAGAUGUAUUUGCAGAGUGUUUGUAGUUAUUGAAAUUGUUUUGGCUUUUUCGCAGCAGGUUUUUAUGUCGAUGCUUUUGUUUUGGAUUUUUGCAUCUUCAUUGUUUGAGUAUCUGCAGCACGUUUCCCCUGAAUAUCUUCCAGCCUGAUGCAGAUCAUCCAUGAAGGUUCCUGCUGGUUCGGGUUUUUACUGUAUUAUGGGUUGAGGUUUUCUGGAUGGGGUUCUGGUUGGGUGAGGUUCCAUUCAUGGUGUGGAGCUCUUCUACAAAUCGGUUUCCUCCUGGGUGUGUGUUUUUUGUUCCAGAGCUUGGUUUCUUAUUGGGUGGGGGCUCUUCUAGCUUCCUCCUGGGUGGGGGUUCAGAGUAUGAGGGUUUUUUUUCAUGGAAACACAACGAAUCAAAGACAUUCCAGUGUAGAUGGAGGGGCCACCAGAGUGUCGUGAAGUUUAACGAUUUGUAGUUUUUCCUCCAAACGAGCAGAGCGGCUCCUUUCUUCUGACCAACAAACCAAAACGAAACACUGCUGAGGGGCUGUGGGAUCAGGCCGAGGGGCUGCUUACCAUAAAGAGCUCACCUGGGAGUGUAAAGGUUUAUGUUUGUGAAUGUAUCUUCACUCACCGUGGCUGCAGUAGAUUGAGUUUUCCCGUUUGCUGAGAAUCUGAUUUUUAAUGCAUCAUGUUGGAGUUUGCAGCUGCUCAAUCUGACCCCCUGCUUUGUUCAGGUUCAGCAGAGAUGGAAGCCACUCACAUCUGCUGCUUUGCAGAUUCAACAACUGGACAAGAACCAAAAUUAAAGUCCUGAUGAGACAGCAGAUGGUGUUUUACAACGCGCCUGCUGAAAUCUGACAGAGCGAUCUGUUUAGUCUGUGAGGUUUAACUCGAGUUUCCUGGAUUCAAGUUUGUGCAUUUUGAAAACAGAUUUAGUGCAACAUCUGCUCAGUUUUUUUUGUCAUUACUGAGCGGAAACCAAACCAGGUUUUUAACUCAGUAGGAUGGUUCAGAUGUAGCUGAGCUGCAAGAUCUUCAGAUAAUUGUUUGGUGCGAUUAUGAUGAGCACAGAGAUGUGUUCACAGCCUCUGCAGAUUGAGGAAGCUUCAACAAGACAAACAGCCUCUUUUUAAAAUCUUUUUUAAGCUCUUGGCGAGGUAAUUUCCCUGCAUAUGUCACAGCGUGAACCAAAACAGAUGAAUUUAUAAUCUCUAAAGGGUUUUCUUCCCCUGUUUACUGUCUCUGCCCGUGUCUCUCCUCUUGUGUUGAAUCAUUUCCUUCAGUAAAACCAGCGAAGCAGCGGACACAGAGAGACAGAGAUCUUUGUGUGAGUAUCAGACAGGAAUGAUUCUCCUCUGCAGGUCACCAGAGAGGAAAUUAGACUCAUGAGAACUUAUUCAGCUGCUUGGUUUAACAGUUUAAUGAGUGUUUGUGGUUUAAAUCAGGCAGAAACAGUCAUGUGACACACUCAGGAUUCAGGUCAGUGCGUGUGGUACAGGAGAAACCCUCUAGCUGCAGGACAAACACUGCAGACAGCUGAUAGAUCAGAGUCCAUGUGGAGGUAUUCCUCUGUUCGAUGUCCAAAAUUCUGGAUAGCCUUUGCAGAUUUGCACAUACCUACAUUUUAUUCCCUGUCUUCUAUCGUCAGUAAGUGAUGGCAACUUUUUGAUGGAUGUUAAUAAUUUGUUAAUAAUUUCUGAAUUAUACAGACAAAACUAAACUAAAUACUAAAGUCUGUGUUUAGGUUUGAAAGUAUAGAGAUGAGCUGGAGCUUCAAACAAGGGAGUGGAUAAACAGUGUGCAGCCAAAGAAUCUCAGGGUUUCAGGAUCAUCAGGUUGAAGCUAAAUUAAAUUUGCGUCAGGGUUUGAAACAGGAGAAACGGGGACAAAUUCAUGAGGAGUGCUGACUGGAUGUGUAGAUUUCUCCUAUGCAAGUCUGUUCUGAUAAAUGCUACACACACUGCACAAAUCUGUCCAGAUUAUCAUUCAUGUAUGAUUUUGGCUGUUUUUAUUCAUUUACAGAAGUCCAUAAAUUUCCUGAAAUUUUCCAAAUGAGCUGCAUGCAUGAGCACAAACAGCCUGAUGUUUAACAGCCAGCCUCUUAGUAAAAUUUGUGCAUUAAGACCUGGUUUAACUUUCAGAUUCUGUGUUAAUAUCAGGAAAAAUGUCAGUAGGUGCAUUAAACAGAUUUUUACCUCCACAUUUUCUAACCUGACUCGAACUGGGACCAAACCGAGCCCCCAUCCCCCAUCAGUUUCCCCUCCCUCAGUGAAACUCUACACAUGUAUGCUGAUGGGGAGGUGAGAGGUCAGUUUGUGGGAUUAGGCUGCAGCCCCACCCUUCCUCUCUACCUCACCUCACCCCCACCUCUGCAAUCAAUUGGGCUUUGUCGACCCAGACCCCCCCCCCCCCCCCCACACCCCCACACACACACACACACACACACACACACACACACACACACACACACACACACGGACACAAAUGCACAAAUACACCAUUCUUACACACCCACCUCCAUCAGUCAUACAUAAUCAAGAUAAGGACUCAUUCUACCACACCCUCCUCCAUCACUCCGUCACACUCACCCUCUCACACCCCUCAGGGGGGAGGACUCACUGACACACAUUCAUGUGUGGACGCUCAGUGUUUUAUUUCUGCUCUGACUCUCACCUUCAGCCCUCCCUCACCUCCUGCACAUGCUUCCUAUUAGCCCCCCUUCUCCUCCUCCCCCUCUGAUGGUGACCCUCUGACCUCCCCUCUCUGGACUGACCCGUCCACUCAGCUGUGUCCCUCAGCACUCAUUAGAGGCUUCAAACAGGCUGCAGACUCACACUACUAACUUCAUCCAUGCACAAAUGCACACACUCUGAGCUUUGAACCGCAGUAGGGCGGCAAAUUCAGAGUCAUUCUCUGUCAUCGAUCUUUAGAAAUAUCAACACUUAUUUUGGGCUGCAGCAAUACACUAAUACUGAUGUUAACCACCUGUCUUUAGAAAUAGGACCACGACUUGCUGCGGCUUUAAGCAAGUUAGCUUUAGCACCCUCCUGAGAGGCGUUUUGACACUUAUAAGUAGGGCUGGUCGUUAAACCGAAAAUUUACAGAUAAAUUUAUGACAAUAACCAACGUAAUUUUGCCCAUAUCGGUGUAUUCAGCAUCAAAACAAUAAAUAAAUAAAAGUUGGUUUUGGAUGUGUGUAGGUAGGCUAUGGUCUCAUGUCCCUUUAAGACGCUGUUCUACGUCGGAGACGUGACUCCAUCCCAUCCAGUCUGUUACAAAGAGGGACAGAAAGGUGAGGAGAUGGAGGACGGUUCAAAAGUUGUAGUGGCUGGAGCGGGGGCUGAUAAAUGUGGUCAAUGUUAAUGUGGGAGGGGGUGAGCAGCUUGAGGAGUAGUUAUCCAUUUAUCAUUAUCGAGGUGAACUGCUCAAUAUAUCGUGACAUUGAUUCGAGGCCAUAUCGCCCAGUCCUACUUAUAAGAGACUCAAACUCCUGCAUAUAGACUUAUGCAACUGAAAAGCAAAACAUCCCAGAGUCACAGUGUUCAGUUUUCUGCAUGCUUGUUCUUACUGAAAAAUAAGCAUGUCCACAAGAUCAGUGAGGAGCACAACAGCAUGCAGAAAAAACUCUCAGACAGCGCUGAUGCUGCUGGUAUGCAGAGAUACUGAUGUGCCAGCUUUGCCAGAAUUUUUCUCUGUUAAAAGUUCUCAACCUUGUGUUUCUUUCAUCAGCUGUGGUGUAUCGCUAACUCCCCGGAAAAAGGGCUUGCACAAUACCUUCAGGCAGCUGGAUUGCAUUCUUAAACAAAAAAGGAUGCUGGAUCCAGGACUCACUGGAAAAAGUUAAACCCUUUCCAGACUAUUAUGCAAACAAAUCUGAUGCCAGUACUCAAGAUCAGGAGACCCCAGAAUUUUUAGCCUGUGAUUCCCAAAAAGAGAGUGGUGACCCCCACUACUCCCCUGAGGUGGUUAGGCAUUGCUCACGUUUUGUUGAUAGUUUUAUUACAGCAGGUUAAAUAAGAUGCGAUCCAUCAGUAACAAGUUGGAAGGAGGUAGGUCAUACUUCUGUUGACAAUUCACUUCUUGCCCGGUGCAUGUAAACUGGGACAAGAACAGUGGUCCAGUUAAAUCAUCUCAUCAAGAUGUAACUGCAGCUCCACUUGACUGUACAGAUAAAAGCACUGCAUCAUGUGUAUUAUGACCUCUGAUACCUCUGUUUAUUCAUCCUGCUUUUGUUACAAAUAGAGAUUUGUAAUAUGUGAAGUCUGUAAAUAUAAAAGCAUUAUAUCAAUAGCUUUGCAUGCAGAAGUGUGAUUCCAGUCAACAGCUCAAGCUUAAUCAUCCUCAGAUCACUGCUGGGUGGAUUGUUUUUCAGAGUUGUUCUCCUCACAGACUGUUCUCAUUCACGCUGAGUGACACACAAGUGGACGAUUAAAGUCAGACCGUGGACUGAGAGCAGAAAGAUUUUAACGCAGAGUUUGUCAACAGAGAUAAAUGUGUUGAAAACACAGAAAGUGACAUGAGAAACACCCAGAAACACAAAGAGUUCUUCAAGUUAAACACUCAAAUGUCCGUCACAAGCUGUACCUCAGCACAGAGUUUUGAGAUGUUGUCACACCCCAAAAGUUUCAUUGAAGCAGAGUGUGUAUUCAGUGUGUGUAUUCAGUUUGUGUGUAUGUGUGUGUGUGUGUGUCCUUGAUAGCAUCACCAGGUCUGUCCUCGGGUCAAACACCACAGCCGAGUGAACAGACCGACAUGUGUGUGCGUACGUGUGUGUGUGUGUGUGUGUGUCUCCUCUACCUGUCUGCGGUUUAUGAGUGUGUUCCAGGACUUUUAAACCCCUAACAAACCUCAGACUGAGCGCGUGCGGUGAGUUACGUUUGAGGCUGUGAUGUUAGCAGUUAGCUUAUGUAAUGACCCGUAAAAGGUUCCCCUCUUGGACCCCAUGUGACCCUACCAGGUCUCAGGUGAGCUGAAGUAAGUCACAGAUUAAUUCGGGUGAUGAAAAGGCAGCCUGUCUCUCUCCUUCAUUUGUUCUCUCUCUCUUUUCAUCUCUUUCUCUCUCCCCCUUUCUCGUUCUCUCCCUCACUGAUUUAUGACCUCAGCUCUGAAGAUGUUUUCUUAACUUUCUGCUGUUCCCUCAUUUUUGCUUUUCUCUCCAAGUGUUGGCUGUUUGAAGCUAAGUGUGUGUGUGUUUUUCAGUGUGUGUGUGUUUCGGUCUGCAGAGUGUCCCUGAGUGAAAACACUGGAGGAUAAUAGUGGAUCUGGAAGUGCAGCACAUUGAUGUUGUUAGUGUUCAAAGCUCUGCUGUCGUGCGGCUGGGUCAGAUGGAGGAUGUGGUUAAACACGAGAAUCUCUGUUCGCUCUGAACGCACCACACAACGACUCGGCUUCAGACUAUGACCUCAAAUGCAGCUGUGGUGUAAUAUCAUGGUGUGAUACUACUUCAUAACAUUACUUCUGUAUGUUCUAUUGGCGUAUCUGGACUUAACUUUAGAUGUUAUUUUUAUUUCGCCUUCCUGAUACAGGUUCCCUAAGAAUCCCUGUGACUCAAAAUUGAAUCAGGAGACUCAGUUUUUGAGGGGUGGGUAGAUUUGGUGGUCUGCUUGUUCAGUCUUUCUUCUAAAAAUAUGGCUUUAAAUGACCAGGAGCUGAGAGGUUAAAACCUGAGGGUGCCGGUAGAGAAAUAUCUUGAAUGCAAAGUACCAUAAAAGCCACAAAAAAUGAAGAAGGAGGAGAGGAAGUGAGGUGUAGGUACUCCACAGAUCUAAAGUUAAACCAUGAUAUGUUUUAAAUCAUCCUUAGACAACAAAUGAACAUUAGAGAUAGAGGGAGUUGGUGCUACAGCCACCUAACAUUUUCAAAGUGGUGCAUCUCAGGAUAGGUUAAAAAAAUCACAGCAAAAAGCAAAAAAGUCCUGGAUUACACAGUUAACUCAGCAGUCUAGUGUAUUAACACUGACGUUUCCACACCGCACAUGUUUUCUGUAGAGUAAACUGAACAAUGCAUGAAUGACAACUUUGAAUAGCCUGUCCAAACCUAACUGUCAAUCUGUUACAACAGAGGGACUUGGGCACUGAUUUGGCCACACGAUUAAGGUGUGUCCCUAAGUCCUUGUCACAACAGUUGCUGUUCUCAGCUUGACACUUCACUCUCUACUCCUCACAUCUCCUGUCUCUCUUUGGUCAUCCUCUCUAAAAAGCCAACACUUCCCAAAAUAACCUAGAGUAAUUAACUGCUUUAUUGUCACUCAAAAGAUGCACUGAUAUAUUUGUAGAAAAUCAGAAUGGCUAAGUUUAGGUAGGUCCUGAAAAACCAAUCUUGGUUGAUAUGUGGUGGUCAAAAUACAAACAUUUUGACUUACAGAUUACAACCAAGACUCAGAGUCAGAAAGCCAUAUUCAUUCCAAAGGACAGUCUGUUCUUUUUAGUCUACCCAAGACUGUACACUAUCAAACAACAGCAGCUUAAAAAAGGAAUAGAAAAAAAAAAUCAAUGGAUAUCAGUAUCUGUAUCAAUACCAGAUCUAAGAAAACUGAACUUCAGAGCAGGAAAAGAUGAGUCAUUUUCCAUUUUGAAUUCCCAGCUUGCACACACAGUACAGAAAAAGUCACUGAACACAAAUUAACAUCAAAUUGGUUGUCCCCAUCUUGCAAGUGUCAAAAAUCCUGACAUCCCUGAACUUAUCGCAACUUUAUCACAUCAAUUUAACGCUGGUGAGCUGCAACGCCAAACUAUUGAUUGGGAGAGGAGAGCAUUUAUUGUGCUGGAAAAGUCAGCUGCUGGAUAGACUGUGAAAGUGAAAGAAAAAUAUGAGCAGAGUGGGAGUAUUUCACGGUCUCUGAGAAAGGUCAACAACUCGCAAAUAUGCAGACAUGUUCCAGAGAUACUUGAGGAGGAGGAGGGACCAGCAGGAAUAGAUGCCAAAAAAAUGCAAUGGCUUAAAAUUAUGAUUUAAAACAUUAAUACCAGUCUUAAUUUUCACAAUGCCUCUCAUCAAAGGGCUCAGAGUGACCUUGUGGUUAGGGAUUCAUGAUUGUACGUUUCUUUUAUUGUUAAUUUAUACCUUCACUUUCAAAACUCAUGUGCACUUAAUAUCAUUUAAAAUCUUAAGACACGUAAGUCUGGUUAUUAUCCGAUUCUUACAGACUUUGACUUUCUCUUCUGUUUCAGUCAUUUUAUGAUCUUUAUCCAACACCGCAUGGCUCCUCAUUAGGUGCAACAUUAUCCACCUCAUUCAUGCAGCUCUUAUUCUACCCUCUAACACACACACAUGCACACUCUCAUGCACACACUCACAGCUCUGAUGGAGCUGUUUUAGGAACCAAGAGCAGAGAACAAAUAAACAGCUCCAUCUCCAGAGCCUCAGAAUCUCCAAAGCCUCAGAUCUGACCUCUGAUCACUUGAAGCCGCACACGUGGUCACACAACUUUUGUUUCUUUUUCUGCCUCUUUAAACUUUUUUAAACUUUUUUUUUGAUGCACAGGUCUGCAAAAAGUUUUUUUUUAACUUACACACAAAGGAAAAUAGUCUGAUGGAAGUUUGUUUUCUAAAAUUUUCUGCCUUGUAGAAUCCUAAAAAGUGCAAACUUUAUUAAACUCCCUUUAAAAUGCAGCCCUGUUCCUGGUCUCACACACUCACAGCAUGCACAUGUCUACACACACACACACACACACACACACACACACACACACACACACACACACACACACACACACACACACACACACACACACACACACACUUAGCCAUCAGCGUGCUGUACAGGCCUCAGUUUGCAGAGGAAGACAGAAGCAUUGUUUAAAGUUUCAGUCACAAAAUGUCCAAACAUGCCUCCACACACACCCUUCCAUCCCCUCUUUCUCUCUCUCACACACACACACACUCCUGGGUUAGUUAGUUACCUGUGUGUCUGCAGCUGUGUGUGUCUCCUGCUCUUAAAGCGUCACCUGGGAGUCGUGUGGUGUCUUCAGCGGGCUGCAGCUCUCAGGACUCAUGUCUCUAUGUCCCAGUCUUCUCUCACUGAGUUCCCUUCCCUCUCUGACCCGGUUUCUCCUGCAGAUGAACCCCCUCACUCCCUCUCCUCUCCUCUCCUCACCUCUUGGUCUCUCAGCUGUCCCAGCACUCAGACUGGCUCAUGGUUCAGCGGCUGGACUCUCCACAGACUGAGCUCUGAGGAGAGGGACCUCCAGUUUUCACAAAGGAGGGGGGGAGAGACCAGAGGAGGGAGGGAGAGGAGGAGGGUGUGUGAGUCUUUUUUCUUCCUCUCUGUGUUUUUUUUUUUUUUUUUGGAGUGGCUCUGCCUCCCUGUGAUGUCACCGAGGUGAGGAGAAAACAAAAAGAGGAAAAUAAAGACUCAGAUUCCUUUUCUUAGUGAUCGAACUGCAGAGGAAAAAGAUUUUCACUUAAGAGGGCAGAGCAGGCUGGAUCCAUAAGCGUAUCUCUGAGCCCUCUCCGUGAUCUGUGUGUGUGAGUGUGUAGAUGUGAGUGUGUGUUCAUGUGUGUUUCUGCGCUAAUUGUGAUGCUGCAGACGUCUGUUGGUCUCUGGGCUCCUUCCUGUAAAGGAUCAGCUGAUCUCUGCUCAGUCCUGCUCUCAGGAGGAGUCUCAACAAGUUAUCUGCUCACUGCUCCUCUUCACCACUGCCCUCCUCCUUCUUCUCCUUUAAGUGUGUGUGCGUGCGUGUGUGUGUGUGUGUUUGACUAUUAGUAUUUGAGUUAUAGUCUUUAGAGGAGGAGUUCUCCCAAGAAACUCUGACUGCAGUUUUCGAGCUUUUAUCAUCUGUUGGAACGUUUCUCUUCACAUUCACACAAACAUAGCCUGUGUGUAUAUGUGUGUGGAAGUGUGUUUGUGUUUGUAUGUGUGUGUAUGUGUAUCAAAGGUUUCUGAGGAAAAAAAACAUGGGGGGUUGGGGUGUGAUGUAGUGUGCAGAGUGAUAACUUCUCCUCCAUCUGUACUGAAUCAGAGUCUGGCGUGUGAGAGAAACAUUCAGAGGAGGAGCAUGGUGGGAAUCAGCUGCUGGGUUUGUCUCUCUGUGUUAAUGUUUGUGUAAUGACACACACAGAGUGAGUGUGUGUGGGUGUGUGUGUGUGUUGGGGGGCCGCUUAUGAUACUUCAGACCCCUGCUGUUAAAAAGUUCUGGUUUUAACCGUGAGUGUGUGAGUACGGCUGCACAGCUGCAGUGUGUGUGUUUAAACAACAGAUGGAUGCUGUCCUUGUGUGGCUCACUGAAAAAGAAACUGUGUGUGUGUGUGUUUGCAUGUGUGUUUUCUCCUUUUUGAACCCUCUUCUUCUCUGCUGUGUUUCAGGGAUGUACCUGUCUGACCUCACCUACAUAGACUCCGCCUACCCCUCCACGGGGAGCAUCCUGGAGAACGAGCAGAGAUCGAACCUGAUGAACAACAUCCUCAGGAUCAUAUCGGACCUGCAGAGAUCCUGCACCUAUGGUCUGCACACACACACACACACACACACACACACACACACACACACUGAACACAUGCAUUGAAAAUAUUCGGAGCAUCACAACACAAAAAAAUACGACAAAUAGACCCUGAACUGUUUAUGGUUUGGGUGUUUAAAACCUUUUUUAAUUUCUUUCUUUAGGCCCUCUGGCUACUAAACUUUAGUAUUUGUCUAUGCUGAGAACCUCUUUGUUACACUUUGGGAAUAUGUUUGAAAUUCACUGUCAUUUUAACUUUAAUCAACACUACCAUUUAACUGGUUAAAUCAAAGAUAUCCACUUUCACUUUUAUAUGAGGCCAGUUCAGAUUUUGCAGUUUGUAUAAAAACAGUAAGUCGACUUUACCUGGAGCGGAACAUGAACGUCAGAGCUGAAAGUCUGCAGCUCACUGGCUCAGAGUUUGAAGGGUAUAAUAAAUCAGCGCAGAGGAUCGAGUGUUUUCCAAAGACCCUAAACUUUUUUUCCGUCAACAACCAUAAGUUUCACAUUUCAGGUGGAUCCUCCUGCAGACAGCUUCACAGCAGAUUCAGUAUCAUAAACCACAUGAACUCAUAUUUCCCCUGCCUCCCUCAGAUAUCCCCGUGCUGCCUCACAUCCAGAAGUAUCUGAACUCGGUCAGAUACAUCGAGGAGCUGCAGAAGUUUGUGGAGGACGACAACUACAAGUAAGACUCAAACAGUGGAUGAAGUUAAGACACAUGGAGCUUUAGCUUCAUAACCUCUGAUUUAGACUCAGCAGCAAUUUCCUGUCAGGAAAAUCAGAACAUUUUUAUCCUGUUGCUGCUUUUAUUGCUGCUGCCAGGCACGCUUCUGCUGCUGCUGCAGCUCCAUCCUCAUGAAGACGUUAGUUUGAUUCUCAGAGGAUCAGUUCAGCUUUAACACAUGAUCUCUGCGCAGGUUGUCUCAGAGGAUCGAGCCUGGCACCAGCACACCUCGAGCCAAUGCCUCCAAAGAAGACCUCGCAGGUGAGCUCAUGUUUCAGUUUUGUAGUCUUCUUUUGAUGGGAUGUGUGUCAGGCUUCAGCUCCACAGUGUAAUGAACGCUUUUGAAAAUAUAUGAAUGUUCAUAAAGCUUUUGAGGGUCUACUCAAAGAGAGUGCUCUCUUCCUUUCAGUGACAAAAUAUGUUCAUAUCCUCCAAGUAAACAACAUCCAGCAAAUAAUGUAUGUCUCAUACAGAAGUGUAUCCGCAGAGACUCAAUAGAGGAAACAGUUCAGUCAUAUGAAACAAUCAGCAUUUGUUCAAAUCCCUCUUAACUUGAUGCACAGUUUCAUAUCCAUCGAAUCUAUCUGCAGGUCUGUUAACCUUCCUCUUCUUUUCUCUCCUCUGCAGGUCAGGAGGCGUCAGCAUCUCCACUCUGUGGAAGGAAAUGUACUGUUACAGCCGAAGGAACCAAAGUUCCAGCCACACCACCCUCCCCUCGAAACCUGCUGCCAUACGGACACAGGAAGUGCCACAGCCUGGGUUACAAGUCAGUCACAGACUACUCUGAAGUCAUUAAUCAGCAAAAUGUCAGAAACUUUUUAAAAAAUUGGGGGAAUUAAUUAAAACUUUUAAUCCCCUGUUGUUCUGCUCUCUCUUUGUCUCUCUCCCUUUUCUGUCCACAGUUUUAUCCACAAGAUGAACUCGGUGGAGUUUAAAAGUGCAACGUUUCCAAACGCCGGCUCUCGCCACCUGCUGGACGACAGCGUGAUGGAGAGUCACAGUCCCAGCAGAGGACAGGCCGAGAGCUCCACACUGUCCAGCGGCAUCUCACUCGGUAAGACACACAUAAUACAUGGUGUGUGUGUGUGUGCGCGCAUGCAGGGAACAUCUAUUGGUAGUCUAUCUAUAUAUUGAAAAAAAAAACUAAAGAUUUUCUUUAAUCAACUUAAUUCUUGAUUAGUACAUUUUCACAACUUACAGAGGGAGUUAGGAAGCUUUAAACACCAUUAGUGCUGAAAAACAUUAACAGGUUUAGGAGCAACAUCUGCUGCCAUCCAGACCUUCAUAUCUCAGUAAGACAAUGACAAACCAUAUUCUGCAGGGAUUACAACAACAUGGCUCUGUAGUAGAAGAGUCCUGCUGAUAAACUGGCCUGCCUGCAGUCCUGACUUGUCACCUAUUGAAAACAUUUGGAGUGUAGUGACACAAAAAAAAAAACAGGAAAAAGGAGACCCUGAAGUGUUGAGCAGCUGAAAUCCUCUUUCAGGCAAGAAUGGGACAACAUUUGACUUUUCUAACCCCAGAAACUGGUCUGCUGGGUUCACUAAUGUUUACAGAGUGUUGGAAAAAGAAAAGACGAUGACUUAGAAUGAGAAAUACUACCCUGAUUUAAAUUAUAAUUUAGUUUUGUCUUUUUUUUCCUCAUAAAACAAUAAUUGUUUUCAGUUUGAACAUCUCUGUCUUUGCACUAUACUUGAUUAAUGUGGACCUUAGAAGAUUUGCAAACAACAUUAUUUUCCUGAAUAUUUUCUGAAUUAUAAGAGUCCAAACUCUUGUGGAGUUGAGGUCAUGAGAACAUAUUAAAACAAGAUUUUUCAAAGCUGUAAAAAUACAUGUUUGUGUUGUGUGUUGUCAGGGAGCAGUGAGGGCUCUGAGCUCAGUGAGGAGGUGUCUUGGCCGGCGUUUGAAAGGUGAGUUUCAUGUGUCUGUUUUUGUCUCUUUGUCUUCAUCACAUCCACAUGUAACACCAGGAAAUAGACUCAUCCCAGAUGUGAUUGUAUAACUUUCUCAGCUCUGCCAUUAAAGCUUGCACACAGACGCCUAGCACCUCUCUCAGCCUCACAGCGGGUGGCAGGGGGUGUCAGGCCCCCUCCCUCACCGCUGCUCCCUCUGAAGCUUCCGCUCCUCUCAGUUCUUCAUCUGACACCAGUAAACCCAGUCCAGACUCUCAGAGUACUGCUGGAUCAGACUGAUGUCAUGUUAACCCUCAAACAGCUGAAUGAGUCUGUAACACCGCCAUCAUCAGCCCUAACCCCCCCCACCCCACAACAACACACACAGCCCUAACAGUGCCCCCCCAUCCUGUCUUAUCCCACUCUGAACAGGACUCGCUUCUAUCACUCUCUGGGCCCGGUGACCCGCGUGGCCCGAGUCCCCUACAGAGGAGUCCUAAGGCCCAGCAGGUACCAACCAGACCAGAUCCUCCUCAAACACAACCUCUCUACUCCUGCAGGGGGCGCUGUCUGCUCGGGCUUAGUCUGAGUGUGAUUGAGUGUGUGUGUGUUUGUAGACGCUAAAUCAGGUGGAGGGCUCAGGAUCUAUUUCUUCAUCUUUUGCUGCAAACAUCAGUCUGGUUUCAACCUUCUGCUGUCUCUAAAUUCAUGCAUGUCUCACUCUCACUUACACAGGUACACAUGCACAUACACAUGCAUAUUCACAUGCACUCAUACACAUACAAAUACAUAUGCACAUACUUAAACACAUGCACAUACUCAUACAUAUAAACAUGGACACACUCAUACAUAUGCACAUGCACAUACUCAUACACAUGCACAUAUGCAUGCACAUACUCAUACACUUACACAUGCACAUACUCAAACACAUACACAUGCACCUACUCAUGCACAUACAAAUACACAAGCACAUCUGCAUGCACAUUUAUACAUGCAUAUACACAUGUACUUUUGGGUUUCCAGGGUGUUUUUCCAGCUUGGAACUUAAGUUGAAUCUCCACAAACUCUGUGGUAUGAGUUUAACACAAAGACUGUGUGGAUGCUCUCUGUUGUUGUUCAGCUUGACUGAGGUUGUAAACAUAAUUAUUGUAUUUUAUAGGAAACAUUUUCAAAUCUCUAUUAACCGAGUAAGAGCUGUAAAGGAACAUAAAUAAGAUACAUAAAGAGAAGAGUGGGUGCAACCUGGGUGAAUUUUGUGACUCUAAGGAUGUGGCUGUCGGGACAAUGAGUAGAGUCACUAAUAGAGGGGAUAACCUGCAGCAAAGAGCUAAAAUUGGAGAUGUUAAGAAUUGAGUUUCAGGUAGCUGGUUGUUAGGAAUGUGCUCAGUGGUCUCGUUUACAUCCAGCUGUCAGGUUGGUGUUGAAAGUUAUAAACAUGUUUCGGUGCAAACUACCUGGCAGAAGCUGCACACAGUGGAGACUCUAAACCUGGGGCUGCAGCCGUGCACCGAGUCCCUGUGAGCUCUUCUUUUAUAGGAGCGAUACAUAACAGCUACUAAAAGCAUCAGCAGGAACAAGGAGGCUGAGAACUAAUGCGGUACAUGACCCCAUCUUUGGAGACAAAACCAACAGACUGUUAGAAAGUCAAUAAAGAGAGCAGGCAAAGCAGCUGCAUCAGUAUCUCUGCACCACCAGUAACAUCAACGCCGUUUUUUCUGUAGCCAGACCCAGUUUCACUCCUGACCUUGUGGACAUGCUUAAUUUUCUCAACAAGAACAAGCAUGCACAAAACUGGACACUGAGAGUCAGAAAUGAUUUUUCUCUUCAGUUCUUCUGUUGCAGUAGUUCUUCAUUCAGAAGACUUAGCCUCACUCUGUAUGACUAUAUGUCUGCAGAGAUUUUUAUGAGCCUACAAUUUAAAAUUGCUUUAAAAAUGUGACUAUUUUACUUAUUUAUAUUUAUUUUAUUUUAUUGCUAUAUUCAAAUUGUGUGUUUUAUGUAAAGUGUCUUUGAGUAUCAUGAAAAGCGCUAUACAAAUAAAAUGAAUUAUCAUUAUUAUUAUUAUUAUUAUUACUUUGCAUUUUUGUAUUCAGCUUGGUAAGAAAAUUGUACACCUCUGCAGUAACAUCAGUCAUGUACCUUAUGUUACUAUGGAAGAUUUUAGGGGUGGGGGGCAUUUAUUAUAGCUUUGUCAGAGUAAAAAUUCCAUCUUUUUGAAUAAUUGAUCAUUGACUGUCAACAUUUCGAAAGAUAGAUCACAGAAAAUACUCAAGAUUUGUGUCCAUAGUGGGGAUCAAACCUUAAACCGUCUGCCAUGAGGACUGAGGUCUCUACAAAAGGGCAUGCAUUUUAACGUCUGAACUAAGCCAGCAACCCCAAUAAAAGGUUCUCUAAAAGCUGAAUCCACACAUGUGUGAAAAAUCUGGAAACUUGUCAGAAAUGUCAGGAAACAGCUGAGGGGAAAACACAGCAGAAGAAUAGUCAGUAUAUUCAUCAGACAGGGUGAUGACGUCUGUUCACUUCUUGAUUCAGAGCGACAGCAUGAUUAAAUACGCCCAAGACUAAAGACGGACAUAUUUGACAUAUUUUUAGAAUGCUGUCACUCUGAUUCUGUUGAAGAGAAAACUCCCCUUUUUGAUGAUCUGGAUGGAAUAUCCUGUUAUUGGUUUAGUUUUCUGACAAGGAGGGAGUGAGGGAGUCACUGAUGGGCGAUCCAUAUUGAAUAAGUGGAGAGAGAACAGUACACAAAGUGGACGAACUUCCUUUAGUAGCUUUCAGACUUUUACCUGCAGGUUGAAUUCUUCUCUGACACAGUUUCCUUUUCAAUCUGAACCCUUCAUUAGGAGCUAAGCAACAUAAUGUUGGCCUCCUUGUGACGAAGUUAACUUUAAUAAGCAGGGGCACGUUCAGACUUUUUCUUAACCACAGGGGUGUCUCUACUUGGACACAUGCAAGGGUGGCAUUUAUUCUAAUAACACUGUUUGAAUUUUAUCAGCAGUUUUGUCUCUGAAAAGGGAAAUAGCUACAUGUCAAAGGGUCAAAGAUUAAAUACAAGUAAAAAUAAGAAUAUGUGAGUUUUAUUUGACUCGAUUCUUUCUGUCUCCGGUCGGGGCUGGGUCUCUGCACUGCUCCUCCUGCUCUGCUGCUCCUCACAUGUACACACACUCUGCUCACCACCUUGUCUGUACAGCAGCAGAUUUAUUGCUGUGAAAUCAAUUACACACACACACACACACACACACACCUGCACACACUCAGGUUAAAGCGAGGUUCAGGUGGCUCUGCAGAGUGUGUGUGUGUCUCUACCUCUAGUCUCUCUGUAGGUAGAUUGUGGUUACCUGUGUGUGUGUCUGUGUGUGCCUGUGUGAACAUGAAUGCAUGUGGUCCAGAGUUUGCGUUGCUAAAGUUUGUUUGUUUUCUGUUGCAGCUCGGCAGAGUCGGAGGAGCUGGCAGUUCAUCUUUAUCCCGGAGCGGUGACGGUGCAGGGGGUGCUGAGGAGGAAGACUGUGAUGAAGGAGGGGAAGAAACCUACUGUGAGAACACACACAAAUGCUCACACAUGUCUGUGUUUCUCUCAGUGCCCUGUAGGUGCACUCCUCAUUGCCCUCUCUGUUUCAGCCUGAGAUGUAUUUCUCUCUCCUGCCUGCAGGUGGCGUCAUGGACCAAAUACUGGGUAGCUCUUUGUGGAGCUCAUCUUUACUACUAUCCUGCCAAGUCCCUGAAGGCCACAGAGAGAAAACAUGUAAGUCACACACACACAUGCAUACACACACACACACACACACACACACACACACACACACACACACACACACACACACACACACACAUUAUGAUCAUGAUGGUAUCUUAUAUGACAGCAGUAGAGGAUCAGAGACUAAAUACUUCAGGUGCAGGAAGUUCGACUCCACUGGUUGCAAUCUGCACCACACCUGUCAACAAUUGAGUUUGCUACACUCUUAAAGGUGUAUUUCAUCAGUCCAUGAACAAAUUCAAACUCCAAUGGUAGAGCUCACAGCAAAGCUCUGGGCAACAAAAGCAAAGAUGCUGACAGCUUGAUCAGACCCAAAACAAGAGUGCAAACUGCACAGAGCUGCAAAACUGAAGGGCUUGCUUAUACAUUUUUAUUGAUGCUCCUUGAAUCGGAGUUAAGAAUGAGAAGACAGUCUUAGAGCAGUGCAGGAGAAUCCAACCCUCAGAGUUUAUGUGCAGCUUUGUCCUCAUUUAAAAUCCUCUGUGUGUGUGUGCGUGCGUGCGUGCGUGCGUGCGUGCGUGCGUGCGUGUGUGUGUGUGUGUGUGUGUGUGUGUGUGUGUGUGUGUAUCUGUGUUUUGGAGGUGGGGGUGGGGGCCACAGCUGGUAGCACUCAUUGGGUAAUAAGAGCGAUGACAUCACUGCAAUCCUGUGUGUCACUCACAGAGUUUAAUGAGAACCUGAUGGAGUCUCACACACACACACACUGCGCUGUCUGUAUUUGGAUGACUCCACUACUUCACUAACUGCGGUUUUUUGAGUACAAAAUAGAAUAUUUAACUUCCUGACUGAGCAGAUUUACACUUUCGACAAAUAAAAACUCAACUUUCUUUUUUCUUUAACUUCUUUUUCUUUUGCUUGUAUUUUUCCUUUUUUAUAUUAUAUGUGUGUUUUUUUUGCCUCAUUGUCCUGCUUGUUUUUUCUUAUUUCUUUUUUAUUGCUUCAAAUAGAACUGAAUUACUUCAUUUCUUUCUUUCCCCUUAUUCUUUGUCAUUCUGUAUGUUUUUUACUGCUCCUUUUUUCUUUCUUUUCUUCUUUUUCAUAAAUUUCAUUUUCAUUUUUAUUCAUGGUUUCUCCUCCUCAGUAGACUUCCUUUCUGUUUUUUAUAUUUUAUAUUCUCCCUUUUCCUUUCUUGCUCUCUUUUUCCUACUGCUGCAAUUUUUCUUCGCCUCCAUUUCUGAAUUUUAUUUCAUUUUCUCAUUUAUUGCUCCUUUUUAUGUUGCUCUUUUUUCCAUUCAUCCUCUGAUUUGUAUUAAUGUCUUUGUAUUUUUCAUAUUGAUCUUAUUGUCCCCCCUCCCCUUCUCUCUCUCUCUCACUCUUUCACUCUCUCACACUCUCACAGUUUAAAUCCACCUCCAGUAAGAGUGUGUGUGUGGUCGGUCUGAUGGCCAUGAUGGCUGACGACCCUGAACAUCCCGACGUCUUCCUGCUGACAGACUCUGAGCACGGUGAGACACACGUUUGUUUUUGGGCAGUGAAAGAAAAAAAUGAUUUCUGAAAAAGUGAUGUUCAGGCACUGAAAAUAAAAAAAUAGAGAUCUGAUCCUCUCACUGUUUUUCUCCAUUGCCUAGGUAACACCUACAAGUACCAGGCAGGGAACAGGAUGAACGCUCUGCUGUGGUUCAAACACCUGAGUGCAGCCUGUCAGAGCAACAGACAACAGGUACAGCACACUCAUAUAAAUACAGAAACACACAGCUUGCAGUAUCCAGUUACUGUCUGCAUUUUCAUCUCUCAUCAGUACAGGUAAAGAUGUGAGAUGGCUCACUCCUCACAAUUAUGGAGAACAGGUUGGAUUAUGUAAAUGACUAAUCAUCCAAAAAACAUUUUUGUUCAAUUUCACACCCCUUUUUUUUGGACAACGUCAGACUCAUUAAAGCCAAAGAGAAAAGAGCGAAACAGUCUGAGGUGUCUUUGGGGUAUGCAGUUUAAGCAUUAAUGACUCGAAAAAGUUUAUUUUUUCCCCAUAAUUUGAUUCAAAUAGUGAAACUGAUUUUGUUUGAAUCUUAAUGAUUACAGCUCCAAAAAUCAAAGAGACACUUUCCUAAACAUAAGAAUAUUGUGGAAAAGUCCAGUUUGUUGUCAGUUUUUCAGCCCUGAAAAGAGCUCUGAUCAGCUAGUGAACUCUGAUCACCUGUAAAGGUUUACUGAGCCUUGGAGCAACAUAUGCUGCCGUCCAAGCAACGUCUUUUUCAUGGACGCCCCUACUUAUUUCAGCAAGACAAUGCCAAGCCACAUCCUGCACGUGUUACAACAGCGUGUCUUCAUAGUAAAAGAGUGCGGGUACUCGACUGGCCUGCCUGCAGUCCAGACCUGUCUCCCAUUGAAAAUGUGUGGCGCAUUAUGAAGCGUAAAAUAUGACAACGGAGACCCGGACUGUUCAACAAGUGAAGCUGUACAUCAAGCAAGAAUGGGAGAGUAUUCCACCUUCAAAGCUUCAACAAUAAGUCUCCUCAGCUUCCAAAGUUUAUUGAGUGUUGUUAAUAGGAAAGGUGAUGUAACACAAAGUCGUAUUUUUUUAAAUUAGAUUAUGAAAAAAAAAGAACUUUUUCAGGACAUUCUCAUGUCCUCGGCUGCACCUGUAUCUCCUCCGUGUUUCUGAGGCUCUUGUUGUUAUAUAACUGUGAUUCAUUCUGUUCAACAUGUCUCACCUGCUCCUCAGGUACCUGCCAAUCUGAUGUCAUUCGAAUGAGCCACUGAGAAGAGAGACCAAGAGGAGGAAGAUUAAGAGGAGGAGGAGGAGAAGGAGGAGAGACUCUGUAGUGGGAGCUUUCACUGCCAUGAGCCCCGGCCUCACUGCAGCCUCACCUGCCACGACUGCCUUAACCAGCCCACGCUGUGUGUGUGUGUGUGUGUGUGUGUGUGUGUGUGUGUGUGUGAGAAGCAGCUGAUGAAGAGUCUCCUUUCAAAGACAGACAGCCACUUCUGAUCCUCCUUGGCUUUUUAAAGGGGUAAACUGUUUUUAUUCCCCCCCCUCACUGCCGCCUCCUGACCCCGCCCCUCGCUCUGCUGCAGCAUCCUCGCCUUUUAAUCAGCCGGACAAACAAUCACCAACACACAUACACGAAACACACACCCUGGACUCUGGAGGGUUAAAACACUUUUACUAACUCCAUAUUAGAUUUUUGUUUUAUUCGACUUUUCACACUAUUCGAGUGUUUGACAAGCCACAAAUACGCACACACACAAUUAGAUAUGCGCACAUGCACACACGUGCACGCACACACAGGCCUAUUCUGCAUCCUGGUAAAAAUAAGGGCUCUGAUCUGAAUCUCUAUCCCUGCAGAAUUUCUCCCCAUAUGUGUCGACUCUUUGUUACUGAACGUCCUCCUGUGUCGCAUACAGGCUGUGUGUGAGUGUGUAUCUGUGUGUGCACGUGUGUGUGUGUGAGUGCAUGGUGUGAGAUGAGGUGGGGGUUAAGGGGGGGUUGUUUGUUUUCACACGGUACAAUAAUCCCAGAGUUUAAGCUUAAGCAUUUUCAUGCCCGGUUCAGCAACAGUUCAUCUUUUUACAUCAGCGGCUCCAGUCUCGUCUGAAAACUACACACACACACACACACUUUCACACAUAUACACACACACAAACACACAUGCAGAAGCACUAAACACUAAGGUUUGAAACUGUGAAAGAGUAAGAGAGAGAGCGUCAUGAUUUCUCCUCCUCCUUCUCGUCUCUCUCUCUGUGUUCCUGCAGACGUUAAAGCGUCCCUCUCUUCUGUUUUAUAGUUUUGUGUUAGUUUGAUUUUUUUAAGGGGGGUGCAGUUCACAGUAUUACCAUGUAGUCAGUGUAUUUCUGUCUGUUACAUUUGAAUGUUACAGUUUUGUUUUUCUUUAUGUACAUGUGAUUUUUAUUUUUUCUAUUUUUGCCCUCUUCCUCUUUCUACUUCAUCUUUUAAGAACCUGAUUUUCUCUGUUUAGCCUUGAUGUGUCCUUGUUUGGUUAAUGAAGCACCUCGGUUAGAAAGAGUGCCAACUGAUGACCCCUCCCUGAGCUUCUACUCGCUCAGAUCUUAGAUUGUAUUUAAAGAUGGACAACGCUCUCCUCCUCUUUUUUAUGUUGAACUAAAGUGAAGCCAAAAUCCUCCAUACGGCAGAGGGAGAGUCUGUGCAGGAGAGAUCAGCUGGUUAACCUGAGGCACUGACGUCCUGACCCCUCCUCUAACAAAAUACACUUUAACUGGAGCUCUUUCUGCUCGGACCUGAACCUCUGAUCAUUUCUGAGAACUGCAGAGGGCGUCUGUGUUUGAUCGGGUGUGAAUCAAACAGGUUUGAAAUUUGUAAAGCACAACUCUUGGACAGAUCACAGACCAUCUUUGAGGAUUCACAGAGGUCUUCUAAUAAUGCAUAAUCCAGCUCAAACCAGCAUCAGUCCGAACAUUAACAUGCACAGUUCAGUGGAGCUACAGUUAAAGCUUGAUUGGGUGGUGUACCUGGACUACUGUCUUUGUCCCAGUUUACAAGCACCGGGCGAGAUUCUGACAAAAGUUGAGUUCACCUCUGCUCAGAUUAUGGGAAUAUUUCUUUUUUCAGCCUUUUACCAUGGGAGUGUUUCUUGGUAAACCUAAUAUAACAUGUACCAAAACAAUCGACAAACAAGUCUGCUAGAAGUUUGAUGUUGUUUGUCAAAUGAUGAAAGCAGACAACUUUACAGCUCUGUAGCCUAGUCUUUUUUUCUGCAGCAAAAACAUGUAGAUCUCCUUUUAAGAGUUUGAGAAUAACUAUGAAUUUCCAGCCAUUGAGGACUGAACUACACUGAGAAGACCUCAAGUGGUUAUGAGCUGAAAGUGUGAAAUGAUCAAACAUUUUGUGCAGUUUUUACCAAAGGGAAAGAUCAGCAGGAAGAGAACUAAAACUUCGGCUGAUGAAUAGUAUUUUUGUAAGAAGCACACAAAAUCUUCAAGGCUAAUCACAUUUACUCUGAUAAUCAUGUGCACACAGCCCUGCAUGAGCCUCAUUGGUCAAUCAAGCUGUUAAUUAUGAUUUCAGUCUCUUUUUUUAGCUUUAAAUUACUGAGUUAAGCUAAACUUAGAAAAGAAUGAUAAGAACAAUCCCUCAUGAAAAACCAUGACCAAGAAGUUUCAAUUUAAAGUUUGACUCAUGUCCCAUCUGCUUACAUGGAGGAAGCAGGCUUUAUGACCUGUACUGUAGACAGUCAGCCAGCAGAGGGUGCUCUAACUGUUGUGGCUUUACUCUUUGAGAGAGUGGUGUUGUCCAUCUUUCCAUACAGUCUGUUCUAAACUCAUAACUUCCUCUGCAUUUGAAAUCAGCUGUUUACAUUUAGUGUUUACACAAUCCUCCACCCUCACAUCCACCCCGACGGUCUUCAUCCACCUGAGGAAGAGUGUUACAGUAAAGAAACAAUCAGACAGGUGGAGUUCAUACAGUUUGAAGGUGUUAAAAGGGCUCGCUGAACUGAACUCCCCUUAAUAUGAAAUAUGAGUCUGCUGAACUCCACGUCUCCAAUCAGCUCUCAGACCUGUUUUGGGGGGGUUAAAACAGGACUUGAGCUAAAGGUGACGAUCGUGGAGAACGAGUGAGGGAGGCAGUUACUGUCAGUGUGUUUGAGACUCUAUUUUUAUAAAACGCCACGAUUGGAGUCGGAGCAUAAGGUCCACUAAAGUCUCCAGAGGGGGAUGGAUGACCUGGAACAGGACUUGGACUCUUUUGAUUAAAAACUGAAGCACUGUGAGCAGGAAUCUGAGAAAACCUGCUGUAAUUUCAGUUUCCUGAUGAUUCGUGAGGAAAUCCAGAGUGAAAGCACCGAAUGAGAUCCCCGCACACACAUCUUCCUAUGAAAACAGACUGAAAUGGACCUGGACUCUGAGUUUUUAUUUGAUCACUUUAAAUGUUUCUGACCCUGCUGAGCGCUUUCUGUCACCCCAGUUUACAUGGUUUUCUUUUUUUUCACUGUAACCUCUGCACAGAGUUUGGUCAGAGCAAUGAAAACAUGUUCAGUUUGGGAUGUUUCGUGGUUUGACUUUGGGGUUUCAGAGCCAACUUAACCACACAUUGAGAGCUAAAACCAUCAAUACUCUUCUGUUUUGGUUUGAACUUGAUGCUCUUUGUUUCCUUCACUUUGAUCAUCUUUAAAGUGCACAUCCUGUCCCGUAUGAAGGGUUUGUGGUGACUUUGUGCAGGGACAGAGUGAUGAGGGUGUGUUGAAGGUGUGAUGUGACUAUAAGAGGAUGGAGAAUGAGUUUGAAUGUCCAGGAUGGGCUUCAUUCACUGUUUACCAACAACAUCAUUAACACCCUUCAUUUAGUCGACCUCUGACCUGUACUUGGCUCUCUGUGUGCGAAUUUGUGUUUGUGUGUGUGUGUGUGUGUGUGCGUGCGCGUGAGAGAGAGAGAGAGAGAGAGAUGGGCGCUGUGACCUCACUGCUGAGUGAUGCGCUAAGAACCAAUAAACACUCUGCCCUUUUUUACUCCA